GUGAAUUUCUGGCGGUAUUAGGAUUACCUGCUGAGCUAUUUGAAUGUCAGGAGGGAUUUGACCGCCUCAUAAAUCCACGCAGUAAAAAUCAAUAAACAACAAUUUUGCACUAUAGCAACAAAAGAAACUCUGCGGCUCCCUCUAUGCAUCAUGAAGGUCUCCUCUGUUUACAAAGUUGCCUUAUUGAACAAGGAUUGUAUUGACACAUAUAGGCCUACAACUUGAUCACUGUGGGUCUUCAACGCAGAGGAUUUAGACCACUGGGAUCUUGCAGGAAGGAAAUUUGUCAUGGAUGUUACAGGGAGACCUCCCCUGAACACACACACUCUCUCUCUCUCUUUCUCUCUCUCUCUCUCUCUCUCUCUCUCUCUCUCUCUCUCUCUCUCUCUCUUACACACACACACACACACACUCACAGAUACUCACAGUUGUCCGAUUUAGCUUGUUUUAUGAACUGGAUGGGUGGGCGUGCAUGCGCUCCAGUCACGAGCAAAGGAAAGGGAAAUCAUUGUAAAUCCCAUUCAGUGCCUUGUGCAUCCUUUGGAUAAAACGAGAGGAGAAAAGAGACACUUUUCCCCCCCUCAGCUUUCGGCUCUGUGGUCUCUGUGCAGAGUACAGACAGGCAUCGAUUAGCCGAGGUUCACCUGAGUUGUUUCUCCCCCAUCCGCGGACAUUAAACCUCUCCACCUCUCCCCCUGUCUCUGGCAACUCUUCUUUAGGAGGAACACCGCUCAGGCUUGUGCGCUUCUGGACCGGAGAUCUGGAGAUGAAGACAGAUUUCACGUUUUUCUGUCGGACUUGGAUUGGAAUAGCGUACGCCUCAGGUGAGUAGACUUCUGGAGAGGGUUUGAAACUUUGGAGCGCAAAACUUUUAUAUGGAGGGAAAAGGUUUGUGAGAGACAUAAACUUUGAGUAAAUAAUUUAUGCGAGGUUGUCUGAACUUUAAUCUUUAGACGGCUCAAAGUUUUAUUUGCGCAAGUCUGGGCUGGAUCCUGAAUGCGAACUAUUGCUUUGUUUUCUAUAGAUGUAAAGACAGUGCUACACAACUCUGAAUAGAAGAACGAAAAAGACGCUCCAGCUACUUUCCAGCUACUUUCCAGCUACUUUCUACUUUACAUCACUUACUUUUGCAUUGCGCACGGAAUUUCUUACGUUAACAGCUGGCCUUAAACGCACCACAUAUCUACUCCUUUAAUACUGAAAAUUUAACUUUCAUGCAUCUCACUCACUUUGGGAUUGGUUUAAUAAGAACCUCUGUGAGGGGUCUCUCGUCUUCAUGCAGAUAGGCACUAGAGGGAGGCAUAUUGUUGUUGUCUUUUGUAAAUAUGCAGUUUUUAAUUAAUGAUAACCCAAAUCAGGUGCAGAAAAAAAGAUCAGAUUGUAUGGCACAGUAUUUCUAUAUUUGUGUCUUUACAUCAAAGUGAAUGUACAGUAUGUAGGUCAGAAUUUGGAGGAGGCAAAGUGGGAGGAGAGCUGACUGAUAUACAGGCUACAGGACUGACAUGAUGAAGAGGAGGAGGAGGUGUAGGAGGAGUUUGGUGGGUGUCAGAUCUCCUCUUAUCUCUUUUGUUCCAUGUUAUCUUAUAGUUGUAAAAAUGUCACUCAUAUGCAGUUCAAACUAACCUUCUUGAAGUGCGUCAUCUUUAAAUGGUGUCGUCUGCUUCCACUCACUGUCUUUUUCACCACAUGUUGCAGUGAGGCCAGGGGUGCGUCCACGUCUUUUGAUUGUGGUGGUACUGGCUUAUGGGGGGGCAUGAAGUAUCUACUCCACUAACUAGUAUCAUAAGGAUGUUGUCCUCAUGGACUUUGAACAUUUUAGUCUUAAAGUCAAUUUUUUAGCGCAUAAGAAUUUUUAUUUUUUGUCCAAAUUCACAUGUUAAAGCACUUAAAAAGUAGCAAGAAAACACACCAGGGCUUGACACUUACUUUUUUCACAAGGAGCUCAUGUGAGUUGAAAAAAUAAGGAGCACACAUGCCAUGUCAAUUGGUCACAUGACAUGGAAGCUACUUGAAGUAAAGGUUCGAAAUUUGCCUUUACAUAUAACACAAAAAGUUUUUAGAGGACAUAUUUGGGAAAUAAAGAGGUGUGUUUAUUGUCCGACCUUAGUACUAUUAUUUGAAAUAAAUUUUAGAUCAAUUGGUCGCAUGACAUGGAAGCUAUUGUAGGAAAACAGCCUUUUCCUGAGAACAUCAACCGGUAAUUUAUUGAUGGUCCCUUAUUCGAUACCAGACAUUGACAGCAAGGGUGCCUAGUAGAUUUAACCGCGCUGCUGUUGCCGUUCCCGGUUAUGGAGAGUGAGAGGACACUGGUAGAUCCACAGUGAAUGUCCGUCAAAUACCCAACCUAAAACUAACUUCGCCAUGGUAUUUACAUGAAAAAAACAUUUUUUCCCCCUAAAUACAUUUUACAGUUCGCACACAUCCAUUUUAAGUCACAAAUGCGAGUGAAAUGGUUGCACUGUCAAGCCCUUCACAUGCUCAAACGUAAACUCAAUGGAAACAUUUCAAUACCUAAAUGCUAUGAUAAAUACAUUUUUUACAGAAUUUUUAAAGAAAGCCACAAGCAACCUGUUGCAACAUAAGAAACAGUAAACUAAAGUCCAACCUCUGCCAAUGAAAGACAUCUGGUACUCUCAUAACAACAGGAUCCUAGUCACUUGUCAGACUCUGUUCCUCUGUUGACCCCCAAGUGGUGGUAUAAAAUACCUAACAACAGACUUAUAAUCAGAUGAACACAGCAUGCGAUGUAGCAAAUAGCAUAAAAAAGAUAGACAGACAGCACUAUGCUAAGGAAAGAAACAUCCUUUUACCAGUGAGUGCCAUAUUUGCAGUUUUUUCUUCUUGUUUUAAGGAAAAUACAUCAUUCGCUUCAUAUCAAACGGUCGUGGUAGCAUAUUCCUCAAACCCUCCAGCGGCAGAAGCUGCCAUCUUGGUUGUUUACAAACAUGAAGAUGUGGCGCUUCAGUGUUGUCAUGUGAAAUAAAGGACUGUGGUUGGGUUGAUAUAUCUGACACCAAGGGGAAAGCUUUUAAAAUAUGUUUCCAGACCAACUUGCCAGGCGACAACUCAUCAACACUAAUAAUGUUUUUAUGAAUUAAAAAAAUAAUAAUAACAUCCUGUGUGUUGCCACCAUCACUGCAUUAUCUUCAGUUGAGCUUAAAGCUGUUUUUCCUCUGAUGUACAGUGUUUGAACUUGUUAAUUUAAUACUAUCAUUGUAAAUGUAAUAUUAUCAAGGAAAAGCAACCAAUCAUACUUUAGGAUUCAGGGGCUGAUGAUUAGAUUUCAGAGGGGCCUAUGCCACCCCAGACACCUCAUUGGACACACCCCUGACUGAGACCAUGGACUCAUAAAGCCCACAUACAUUGUUAUAGUUGAACUAUUUUACAACACACACUCAAUCCGAGGCCUUGUGAUUGACUGUGCUGGCUGGGAGAAUCUGGCAAAUGUUGUUUGCAGUUUUUUUGUGCCAGUGAUUUGAUAUGUAUAUAUGAGAUGUUUAUCAUUGUUCACUGCUGAACAGCUGUUCAUAAAGAACAGGGAAGACUUUUGUGAGGGGAUGUCCACAUAUGGUCGCUUGAAUCAUGUCUUCCAGUGUGGAGGGGUGUCUCUCGUUCCAGUGUGGGGUGAGGCACAUACAUUUGUUGGAAUGAAAAGACAGUGCAUCAGACAGGAAGGAGGACUUGGGGCAUCACAAAAUACACUCCAAGAGAGAGGGGAGCCUUCUGCUACAGUGAAUUUUAUUGAUUUCAGCUUUUCUAGCUGGCCUUUACAGAGUCUGGUGCAUUUUCUUCCCUCCUGUCCAUCUACCAUGUGUACCUUGGUAAUAUGCAGCUGAUGUCCCUCUCAGCUCUUCUGCUGAAAGGUUUUUUUGCAGCUCUUUUAGUUCAAGCUAACAGGGUCUCCAUCUUUCUCAUUUAGGGCUGGAAACACAAUAAAGAGACAGUGUAUCUCAGGGCUCUCCUGGAGGCUGACAGAACCAUCAGCUUCGUCCUAGAGACACAUUUAUCAAUUAUAGCCUCACAGUGUGCACCUGAGAGACGGAGUGUGACAUUAAGGCGGAGAAGUGUGAAGCCGGGGACCAAACUCAGGCUCAAGGCUGCAGCUUUUUGCACCUCAGACUUCAAUAUUUUUACUAUUGGUGAUGCAUAAGAGAAAAUGCACAGAGAUAUUCUUACAGCCGUGUUAACUAAGAGUUUGGUUUCAGUCUUUACUUCCUCUCAUGGAUUCAGAACAUUGAAACAAAGAUUGAAAAGAUGGACCUUGAACAUGUUGAUUUCAAAUGUUUGUGUUAAAUCAUUAUAACUUUGUAAAGUUUUGAUCUCCCUGCUUAACCACUUAAUUGCUUUGAUAAAACUUCAGAAUGUCUGACCUUAAAAAAAAGUCGAGGCAAAGUCUGGUGUUAGUAUGAUGAGAGCCCUAGCCUCCCAUUAUUCUGAUCUGUGGGGCAGACUUGAGGCCGAGCAGGUUGUGGACCUGCCAGCUCAGAAGUCAUUGUCAUUUCACGGCGAGAGGAUAUAAUUUACACAGCAGCUGCAUGGAGGAGCAGUAAGAUCUCACCCCGGACUUUUUCUACCAUCUUCCUGUCACGCUCUGACUCUGGUUAGAAUUAUGAUGCUUCCAAAACAUUUAUUUCACAGCUACAGAGAUUCUUAUAUGAAAAAGAUAUGUCAUUGCCACUCUGCAGAUAUAGAAUACGAUUGAAUGCAUGAAUGAAUGGAUCAUAAAUUACUGAUUGCGUCUUUUCCCCUUGAUUCCCUUGAUUUUCUCACAGCAUAAUUGGCUUUUGAAAUCCUUUCCAGUAAAAAAAAACCACAUAUAAAAGCAGUGAAUCAUUUUUCUCUCAUAAAGCUGAGCCCCAGAGCUCAAUGAUCCUUGGCUUACUCGGUCUUGGGUGCUGAGUGUUGAUAUUGCUUUUAGCUUAGUGUUUUCAGUUCGCAUACCUUCACUUGAUCAGAUCAUCCCAGAAAUCUGACUCUCAACUUUUGGUAUUAUUCUAGUCACCCACUUAAGGAGGUUGAGUUGUUUUAGCCAGCAGUAUCCCUCUAUUUUCUCAGAGCUGAUCUCAGAUUCAAACCCCAGUACUCAGAGGGACGGACCCUCUGUGUCCGUCUUUGAAUAUCUCAUUCUCCUCUGAGAGAGGAAUUCCAUCUUUGCGGCUUCAUGUGGGAAGUUCUCUGCAGUAAAGUCCAAAUAAAUAAGGAGUCGAAGCCUCACUCAUCACUGGCAUGGAGUAGCGAGGCCCCAGGGGCAUUAGGAUGUCUGGUCACUCACUUUCUCAUCAUGCUAAAGCACCAACACCCCAAAUAUGACUGGAGCUGAGAGAUAAGCUCUUUCAACAGCAGGAAUCUGCGGCAAAAGCCAAAUAUGUGUCUAAGUUGGUGUUAGAUAGUUGAUGAAAAACAUCUGUGGUGUUUUUGUUUUUAUAUUCUGACCCAUGUGUGGUUUUCUGUGCCCAGUUUGUAGCCAAGCUGGCUGCACGGCCUCAGUCAUAGCAAUGCUGGUCAGGUUGUUGUUUCAGCACUCUGGGGUUGACUGAAAUACCUCACCAGGAGGAUCGGUAUCAAAUUAUGAACUCACAUUCAUGCCUCCGUAAGGGUCUGUGAUGACUACAUUAUUCAAAUGAACAAUGAACACGUUUCCUUAAAAGGUUUAGCUAGUAAAAGAAUUUAGAAAACAUUGUUGUAAUGUAAGUGUUUGUUCAAAAUGUGAGCCUUAUGUCUACAGGAGGGGUGAGCAAGGGAGAAUUACACUCUGCUGCUAUUAAUCACUAAACUUUCCAAUUGCAACUCACUCUACCUUCAAAGUACUGAUAAAAUGUCACUGAUCAGAUUUCUCUAAAAUCUGCAGUUUCUUGAGUGUUCAUUUGUGGCUGGUUCAUAAGAAAUCAGGGGACCGAGGAGGCUAACAGCUUGCUCCUCUUACUUCUUGCCAAGUUGAUGGAAAGUAGGUUGAGUCAGUACUUUGAUUGUGGUGACUGUCAAUAUUGGGCCCAAAAACUCUGCCUCAGAAACCAGUGAGUGGUGUCUCCACAUCCAUUUUUUAUUCUUUUGAUGACCUUAAACCUCUGUUGUAACUAAGUACAGCCUAAGAGAGUUGCUAACUCUUCUUUAGCCCCACACUCUGCUAAACAAAAUUGUUUUUUGCACCGCACAACAUCAGUUUUUUUCUGAAUUGCAAUCUGAAUUAAGUUGGACAAAGACCUAAAAAUGGACAGCCAUACAACCAUAACUUUUAUUGGACCAGCUUCAGAGGGUGAAGAGGGAGGAUGUUCCCAGCGCUAAUGAACCAUUUUAAUGGACCACACUGACAGCUUUAGACUGUUCUGAUGGCAGAGCUCUUUAAAUGCUCCUUUUAGUGUUCAACUCGCCAUAUGAAACAUGUUUGAACAAUUAUUGCCCCCCUAAUUAUGGCCCUCGACAACUCCCCAACCCUUUUCCAGAUCAAUUGGACUGUUGUCUUUCACAGCCAAAGUCAGACCUGCCAAUAAAAGCAUGAAUUGCACAAUAAAACCAAUGGUCAGUCCUUAAAGAUGUUUGUUAGAAUCAAUUCAGCGUCCCUGCUGUGCAAUAAAAUGUCAGCCACAGCACUCUUCAAUUUGGCUCAAGAAAAAUACAUUUUUCUCAGCUUGAAACGCCACAGUUGGAUUGAUUUUCAUACCAAGCAGGUUUAACCCGUUGACUUUUUGUCUUGUUCACUCAGGCUUGAGUUUCAAACUGCAACUUGUAGCUCACAAAGAAUGUCAAAAAUCAAUCUCACUGCUGCUGUGUGUGCCAAGGAUAAGAACCAUGGUGCAACAUCAUAGGUUUAACCAACCCAUGAUGAGGGCCCCUUUACUGUAGAGGUUAUUGCAUGUGAAGCUGUUAUUCAGGGGGACUGCUUCUUAUUUUUCUGUUCGGCUUAAAACCUGGCUAGCUGAGCUAGGAUGUUAAAGACAUGCAGAUGGUUUUGCCAACUCAUUAGAGAGUCCAUGAUAAUUAGGGGUUUUUGAACGCAUGGAUCCAAAGACUCAAUUUAGCAUCAAAAUGACUCAUUAAUGUGAGGCUAAUUACACAAAAUUCUGAACCGCUAUCUGCCAUGUAGAGGACAGUAAUUGUACGUUGUGUUGAUAGGCAGUGGAAAGAAAACACUUUUUGGCAUCCAUUGCUUUUUAUGGAGGAUCAUUUGACACGUUUUUUGACAGCAGAAACUGGAUCCUGGGUUGCGCUGGGUGUUGGAUGGAUACUACAACCCGCCAGUGCUCAUGUUGCUAAGAAACAAGCAUCAUUUUGAACACUCGUCAGCUUUACGACGGCCACCUUGCUGUUGUGUUAAAAUUUCUAUUCAUGAAGGCAGAUGUUGUGUGUAGGGCUGUGACUGUCUGAGCAGCAUUUUGUCACUAAUUCCUUUUGCUUCGUCAUUGGAGGUCGCUUGAGGUUCAUGGGAAAGAGUCCAUUGGCAGAGUCUGAGGAAAUUGCCAGCUUCCCUCCCUUAAGGCAUCCAGGACUAUAAUUGUUGACCUGACACUCCCUACUUUGCCCUUGUUUACUACACCAGCUUAAGCUGUGGCGGGGAUUUAGCACACUAGGUCAUCUGAGCUAGUAAUAAAGGCUUGUUUGUUGUCUGAAUCUCCAUGAAUUAGGUAACAAGUGCGGUAACAGGGCUCCCUCAAAGUUUGGCCCCCGAGCAGUCACAGCGUGAGUUUUAGGGGUGUGCAUGCCAUCACAGUAGGUCUGCUAAGCUUUGGCAUUUGGUUACUCUGAGAUGUCUUAGAUGUUUCUCAACGGUAUUCCAUUGGCAGGAUUCAGGACAAAGCAUUUAUCAGAAUCUGCUUGGGAAAACCAGCGUAGGAAAUGAUUUCUCAGUGAUAAAAAUGAUGACCAGUAAAAAAGAAUAACUCUCCAAAGAGGAAGAGCUUGAGUUGUCCGGUGUGCCUGUGGGGCAGGUACAGGAAGAUUUAGUCAGGGACGGAGGUUUUAAACAUAGGAAGCUGGCCCAGAUGGCCUGUCUUUGCAUCCUUAAUUUUCUCACCCCUCCUCUAGCAGGAUGUUGGAAAGGCUGAACUCCCCCAAUAGUGGAGAGGACAGGGACGUUUUGGAUGUCAUCCUUCUUCUUAGUAACAAUGAAAUCAAAGCUGUGCUGCCAGUCAGGCCGUCGCCUCGCCUGGCCUUGUGUCCAGAUGACACAGGAAGUGGACUUUAUUUCUUUCAGAGCAAGACAGAGUAUGUUUGAGCCCAAGGCAGAGCAGCUCUACAUCCAGAGAGCAGGUCUGUUUAGUGGCCUGUAUGGCCUCUUGUCCGUCACCGGACACACACAGCUAUUCAAGAGUGCCUUAGCCUUGGCCUUGAGCCAGAUACUGUGUCACUGAAAUAAUUGUGGCUGCACUGUCAUUGGCUUGUUGCUGUUUAAUGUGAAAACCCUAUGGAAACUGAGGAACUAAGGUCAUGAUAAAGAAUACCUGGGUAUUUUUUUUAACCAUUUUUAACAGCAGCUCAUGUAACCAAAAAUCUUCAGCACAAGUACACAAAAUGCAAUUUCCACAUCUGUGAAAACUCUGUGAAGACCCCCAUGUUGCAUCCUUUUUGCCAAAAUGAGACUCUUAGAAAAGCUGUAUUUGUUGACAUGACAUUUCUCUUUUCCUGUUCCUGUCAUGUGACUGAUCAGAGACAAAAAGUACAGAGGGGCGAGGAAACACUAACGGCAACAUCUCCCUCACCGUCCAUGAAAAAGGGAAGUGGGACAAGAGCAAACAUGAUAAAGAAAACAGGAAAUUUGCUUGCAAUGAAAAAAACGCUCUGCCGCCUUUCACACGAGCGUAGAAUGGGCCAUGUGUCGUAGCUCCCAUCUUCAGACUCACCUUUGAUGCUUUCCACUUCUGCUUGCCUUGGAUCUGUCUGCUUGUCAGAGAAGCUUUACGUUUCAACUGGCUUAUAGAACUGUAUGGCAGCUGCGUUUGCAUGUAUGAUUCAUCUCAAGUCAGCAGGUGUCCUCUGUAGGAUGCAGAGUCCGGUUACAGUUACCCUGAAUGUGACAAAACCACCAGAGAAAUAGAGAGCUCAGCAUAGGGGAAAAUAAAAGAAUCCCGUGCAAAAGCAGUAAAAAAAAAAAAAAAAAAAAAAGGUAAAAAAAAUUACUGCAGCUUCUUUAGUGGUGUACUCCCACAUACUUAAGCAAUUCGACUGUUCAUUUUUAAAAGACUCUAUCUAAUAUUGCUGCUUCUUGAAUUCUGCUGAACUGCAUUGAGAUGUUAACUUUUAUUUCCUCUUGAUUCUUGUGUGUAGCUCAUGUCACAUCGUAGCAGCGUUUCAUACACCGCCUGUUCACACAUAUCUCAUCAAGUGAGCUAUGAAGACAGACAGAGGGUGGAUUGGGAAGCAGCUUUUGUUUUAUUUAUGUGAUUUUCAAACAAAUAGGCUUUACAAGAGAAGUUCCUUAAUUUGGUGCUUUCAUUGUGUUGUUUUUUUGCUGACAGUUUGGUUAGGAAAUUUGCUCCCUCUCUAAUGUUUCAUUAUACGGUGUAGUCUGCAGCCGGUGAGCUUGUCUUAAAGAAGGAAACAGCUCACCGAACUUAACCCCAAAGUUAUAUACUUUCUUUUCAUGUUUUAACGAAGCCAGGCAGGUAAACAGGUAAACGAGUACUAUAGUAAUCUUUAGGAAUCCAGAAGUGUAAAAACAAUACAUCUUUUAAAUUCUGCAUAGGUUCAUCAGUUUUUCUUAUUUUUAAAUCAUGUUUAAAAUUCUAUUAUUUUGCAAAACAGCCUUUCAGUCCACAGUGGUAUUUACACGUAUUUUGAUUUUAAAGAGACGGAUGCAUGUCCUUUGACAUGUCAUUGUGUUCUAGACAUCACAAAUGUCUGACACCACUUUUGGCAGUUCCUACCAUAGUCUUAAUUUUAUUUGAUUUUUGCUCAGCUCUUUUGUGAAACAGUGCUUUGCUGACAACCGUGUGAUUAGCUGCACCUGUAUGCUAAGCUGGUUGGUGGUAAAGUUUAAACCUUAAAAUACUACAGUGAGAUUUUAAUUCUGUUUGACACAAAAUGCAUUUUACUUUACUUUACUUAAUUUGUUAGCUGGGCCAUCUGGGAGUUCUUCCAAAGUGAAAUGUGCCAUUCAUAACCACAGUAGUGUCUUUAUUUUGUAUCAUCACUGCAGCAGUUUAUCUACAAGUUAUUUUUUGAAAGUGUUAACUCUAGUAGCUCUCAUAAAAAGAAAAAAAAAUGCCAAUUUAAAAAUGUAGUUUGCCAGUCUAUGUCUUUGCCAGGACCAGUAACCCUCUAGUCUCCAGCUUAAUACCUGGGGACUGUGAUCGAUGACAGGUUGUCCUUUGAGCAUCAGGUGGACGCCGUGUGCAAAAAAGCCAAUCAGCGCAUGUACUUCCUUCGCAAGCUCAGGAACAUAAACGUUGAGUCAAAGUUUAUGGAAAUGUUUUACUCUUGUUUUAUUGAAUCAGUCCUCACCUUUGCUUUUAUAUGUUGGUUCGGGUCAAUCACGUUAAAAAACCGGAACAGACUCCAAGGGAUAGUCAAAGUGUGCAGUAAAAUUGUCGGUACCCCACUGACAGACAUCUCCCUCCUGCACAAAUCCACGUCCCUUGCGAAAGCUAAACUUAUCCUGUCGGACCCUUGCCAUCCUCUGGCACAUGAAUUCAGCCUGCUCCCUUCCGGCCGUAGAUUUAACGUGCCAAGAUGCAGGACAAACAGACUUCAAAAGUCUUGGGUCCCGGUGGCCAUUGGCCUCCUGAACAACACCAGUUAGCAUGCACUGUGGUCACUUUACUCCUUCUCUUCUGUCCCCUAUCGUGGUAUUGCACUUAUGUAUUGUCAUUUUGUAUAUUUUUAACCCUUUUUAACCUGUCAUGUUAUUGCUGUGUAUUUUUUUUAAAUGUUGCCUCUGUUUUGCUGCUGGCUGCACCACAAAUUGCCCCUCGGGGACAAUUAAGAUUUCUUGACUUGACUUGACUUGACUUAUUUUCUGGAAAUAGGUUUUUGUUUUUAUAUGAAUUUUUGUGCUGUUGGCUGGCUUUUGCUGUUUUGAGAUGUGAGACUAGCUUUUUCCUGCUCCUCCAGGCUUUGUUAGAGUAUAAAUCUCACACUGAAUUUAUGAAAAGAAGGAAUAAGAUGUUCAGCAAAAUUUUGAAUACCUCAUUAAAUUCAGGGCAUAUCACAGGUUUAACAGGCCUGUGAGGUACAGAGAUGCUGCCUUAAUGUGGUACGCAGGUUCCAACCACACUGACAGAGUUGACUAUUUUUACAGUGGGCAUGGCAGAAUAUUUUGACACCAGCUAUAUUUUAUAUUUUUUUAUAUUUUUCCAAAAGGUUGCAAUUUAUACUUUUUCCCCCUGUCAUCUUUUCCCAACACUUUUGUCAUAUGUUAUGGCACCAAAUUAUUGCAAAACUCCAAGAUGCAACAGUCCUUUAUUGCUCUUCAGGCUGUGGUUCCUUGAAACACCGAAUGAGUCAGCUACUUUUGAUGUUGGCAUGCUGUUUGAACAUUUCAUUUUACAAGUAACCAGUCACUCCCUGGCAGCCAGGUUUGUGAAGCUAACACAUCAAAGUGCAGCCAAAUGGACAUGCUGAGUGACCAGAUGCAAUUGUUCUUGAAAUUUCUGACUUCUGGCUCUCACAUAAAACUGGUACAGCACAGGACAAACAGACAGAGAGACCAGCCGGAGGAUCUAACAUGUCUAAUGUUGCCCUUUCUAUACUGUGUGAAUGUUAUUACAUGGUGGACAUGUUCAGCUGUAACCCAACCAAAUCAUUCAGCAUUAUCACACUCUUAUCUACUAAAAACCUUAUUUUCUUUCUUUUUUUGUUGAUUCAAAGAAAUGUAAGCCCAAAAAGUAUGGUUUAGUCAUUAAAACCUGUAUGUUAGCUAGUGGAGGGUACAAACGUCAUUCCUACUGUGAGAACAGCUUUUCACAACACUAAAGAAAGCACAGUCCUAUUGAGUGCAAUGCCAAGUUUAUACAAAGACGUGUUCAGUGAGCUUGAUAUAAAAAGAAUACCUUUUUUAUGAAAUCUUCAGUUGCUGUUGAAUUAUUUUUGACAGAUCAGGGUGUCAAAUGUAGCACAAUGAACUCAUUUUCAACACUUUGAGAGUAGUUUGAAGUGCUUGUUAAAAAAAGUGCUCACAAGAUUAAUGUCAGAGACUUGAUGGUGUGUUUGUGUGUCUGAAAGAUUUGACACAUCUAAGCUUACGUGUUUAUUUCCCAUGUAAUCCUACAAAAACAGAGGGAGAAAACCAAGCUUGGAAAUGUUGUGUUUUAUCUUUGUAGGUUAAAGUGUGGUGUUUUUUUGUAUUGGUAGAAGUUAAUCACCCAAAACUGCAGCUUAUCUCUGCACCAGCAGCUGGAAUGCAUGGGAAAAGAUGGGGAACCAGGCUCAAAUCAUUUUUUGGCUCUCUGCCCCAUGUUUUGUAAGGUGCUUGUCAAACAGCCAGUCAGCAUCCAGCACAGGUUUUCAAGCAGAGCAUUCAGUUUGGGAGGAUGAAUGUUGCUUUGCCAGAUGUUGGCGGCAGACAAUUAUCAGCAAAAAUGACUUGCAUAAUGAGCACGAUAAGUGAUCUUGCAUGUUUUAUCUAAUAUUCAAACAAACAACAUACCCUUUGCAUAACCACAAGCCAUUUAGUAUAUUAUGCUGCUUUGUCUUUAUAUCAAAUGUGUUUCUGAUCUGCCAGGCAGCGAUUUCAAUGUAAUGCUUGUUUGAGAAAGUAUCUGUUAUCAUGCUUUUCAAAGCUGCAGGUGAUCAAUCACAGUAAUCAUAAACCGUGGAUUUAUUUGUGCAAACUGACAUUGAGUAAAUCUCCACUUAGAGCUGCAUUAAUAACAAAAUAUUGACAGGUAUGUCUUUCAAAGAUGUUCACAGUUAAUUAGAUGAAAAGAACUGCUAACCAUGAAAAUUUCAUCAGCUCAAUUUUGGAUUUAAUAAAAGGAUGAAAACAGGCGCCAUACAGACUGUUUAAAAUGUAAACACAAACAUUCAUUUAGAUCUGUUUGCUAAAAAAUGAAGUACAGAAAAACAGUUCAAGAAUGUUCAUUAAUACAGUUUGAUCAAACAAUGAAUAUGAUGAACAAAGAAAUGGACAGAUAUAUGAUAGAUGGAUGAAUGAAUGAUGGACAGACAGAUGGAUAGAUGAUCAAGGGACGGAUGGAUGAAUGAUAAAUGAGUUGAUGUUGGAUGGAUGGAUGGAUGGAUUAUGUAUUGAUGAUGGAUGAUGUAACACAGACAGACAGAGAGACGGACAGAUAGAUAGAUAGAUAGAUAGAUAGAUAGAUAGAUAGAUAGAUAGAUAGAUAGAUAGAUAGAUAGAUAGAUAGAUAGAUAGAUAGAUAGAUAGAUAGAUAGAUAGAUAGAUAGAUAGACACUUUAUUGUUUCUUGGGAACUGUGGCUUAAAUGAGUUAUGAGUUAUGACAUGGCUCAUAUUGGUUUCUAACUCCCCCACUUUAUUCUUGACCUUUUUCAUUAAGCUCACUGAGAAAUUCACGUCUUAUGUCAUAAGGAUAUACUGCAACGUUAAUCUGAAAAGUCUAUAUCAUGGCCGUAUGGAGGUUAUUAAUCCUGAACUAAUAAGCAGAGUCGGUAAGAGCACUGAGUUUCAUAUAUUCAUAUUUAACACACACACCCAGCCUGGUUAUGUAACCUGAUAAAUGAAAGAAAACUGUCUUCUAUUUUAAUGCUAGAAUAAAUUUAAACCCUUACCUUAACUCACAGUCUGCUACAUGAUUAAAUCAGACAGUUUCUUAUUUGUAGCCACAGCAUUAUGUAAAAAGUCAUAAUGAACCAGAGUUCACAGCUGCAGCUCUGCAAACAUCAUUUCCACCUACAGCUCUGCGAGUGCUGCUGACUGUCUCCCCUGCUGAAACCAAUGUUUAUGAACAAAGCCUGUUCAGCAUAAAGACUCUGUAAAGCUUUGUUCACUUCACUGUGUAAUGCAUAUUAAGACAAAUGAGCGAGCUGAGUGAUAACAGUCAUAACAAUCUGUCAUGAAAUGCAGCAGUGAAAGGUCACAGCAGCAAAAUGUGUUUAUUAUCAUGUCAAGAUGCUAUCAGUCAUGAACUUGUAUGAUUUGAUAUGUUUGGUUUUCUUUGGCAUUCCUUCUACAUAAGCUACACAUGGAGGCAUUGUGUGGUCUUAGUUACAUCUGACAGAAUGCAAACAAUUACUAAUGGGAUCAUAUAUUUUUCAAACCACUGUAUGUAGCUGACCAGCCUACAGGACUCCAUAUUUGACGUCUCACAGUUUGAAAAUACGGUGUAUACAUUAUUCAGCACAUCCAUAUGGAAGAUAUUGACAUCUGGAAUAUCUUCAUCAUUGUGAACUAGCUGCUCCUGGAGCAUCAUGGGAGAAAGUCAUCAGUAUGAGAUGUAUGCAGAUGCCCCCUCCCUGCCUCUCAUCAAUCACAAGUGUCCGAACAGCAGAGGAGGCAGUUUGGCUCGCAGCCAUAUAUAAACCAGAACACAUUAAGUUAUGACUCUGCAGCACCUCCUUCACCAGUUAUGAGAGAGCCACUUAGAGGAAAGUGAUGUUUAGAAGAUUCAGUGUCUUGAGAUGUAAGCUGUUAGCCUUAAACUCACUCUGAAAAUCGGGAGAGUUAAAGGUGCUGACAGUACAGCAGUGUAUUUGUCAUGUACUGUAUCAAUUUGAAUGAUUUGUUAAAUGUUUUCUUGACUUCAGAGAUAUUCUAACUUGACCCUGCGUGGGUGUUAUGCCUUCUGGUCUGACACUCAUCUUGUGCAGUGAUGGACUUAAAAGCCUGCUGACUUUAUUGUAACAUUUUAGAGCUGUAAUUUUCAGUAUCAAGCAAAUACUUAUUUUCUGGUUUUUCUGCCAAAAUACAGCUCCAACAUCUUGAUGUCUCGUCUCUGAGGAACUGAAAGUCAGUUCUGACAUUUGCAGAAGAUUUACAAUUUGCAUCCUGUCUGUCAGUGGGCGAUCCCUCAGCUGAUUGUGAGGGAAACAUCCAUCACUGAAAUCCACUGUGCUCAUGUCUCUGGAACGAUAAUCAUGCAAGUACACAUCAGCCUUUACAGUGGAUUCUUGAAUAUUACCUUUGAAUUCUAUUCCAAGGUAUGUUUUAAAAAUGCAAUCAGGGCGUAAUAACUGAUAUCAUGUAUUACUUGCUAUUAUGAUGGAUACAUUUUUAUUGUAUAGGCCCUGCAAAUUUGUCCAUUCCAGUUAUUUGUGCAGCUAUCAACAUCACUUCUCACUGGGAUGCAAAACCAUUACAACUGGUAGUAAGAGUUUCUCAUCUGCUGUUUUUAAUGGCUGAUGUUUAGGUAAGAUUAAGUUGGUAAAAUAACUGCUGGUAUAGGAACAAAAACUUUCAAAUUUUCCAGAGGACACAAAGUGGGUUGGAUCCUUCUGUACCUAAGGCUACAUGUGGUAUUGGUAUUGUAUUAUACUGUAUUGAACCAUAUGGAAUGAUAAUGGAUUGUAUUACAAUAAACAAAAAUUACUGCCGAAAGGAAACAAAAUAAUCAAAUUUCACCAUGGGGACAGAAAGUAUAUUGUAUUGUUGUAUAUCAUAUCAUGGGGUCAGAAGGUGCAUCAUAACAAAUUGUAUCGUAUUAUAUUAUAUUGAAUUGUAUUGUAUUGUAUUGUAUUGUAUUGUAUCGCUUCAGAUCCUUUUGCUAUGUAUCGUUUCAUGGUUCAAAGUGUAUCGUAUCAAAUUGUUUUGUAUUGUAACGGAUCAUAUCAUAUCAUAUCCUUUCUCUUUGUUUCGUAUCGUAUCAUGAGGACAGAAAGUGUAUCAUAUCGUAUCAUAAGCAUGCCUUUCUUGUAUCGUAGUAUAGUUCAACCAGCGAAUAUAGGCCUAAGAAUAAUUCUCUCUUUGCUGUGUUUUGAUCUUUACCAAUUCAUGAGGGUAGAAUCUUGUUCUUUAGCUGAUUAACGCUCCACCAAGUUCACUUGUUACUUGCUGACUUUGUCCCAAUGUUGUUUGGUCAAGUAUAUAUUGGAUCUACCACACCUUUAUCAUUGAAGAUAGCUCCUAAAUAAGCUCUAAAUCAGAUGCUCUUGGCUUUCAAUUCGGCUUUUGACGAGAUGGUGUAAGGAACCAAAAUAGAGUUAACAUGGAGAAAAAAACAACUUUGAACUGACAGAUGGUAAAAUGUUUAUCUGAGAGGAAUGGUGGUGCCAAGUGAUAACUCUUGGUGCAUACUUAUAGUUCUUAGAUUUUUCGUUAAGUAAAAAUAUCGGAUAAGUGCAGUUUUAUGUCCCCUUCUUAUAAAGUGAAAUCAAGCUCUCCAUCUACAGCCAAAGGGGAGUAUCCAGAUCUCUGUUGGGCACAGAAGGGACUGAAUUCAUGUUGGAAAUGUGUGGGAGGUCGAGGGCUUAUCUGUGUAAUCCCCCAAGACUAAGACAUUCUUUCUUGCUCUCUUCUCCUUGGUGUGUGUGAAGGAAAUUUGUUGUCUCCAAAACAGUGAAGAUGAGCUGCGCUGACAGGAAUCUCUUUCCCUGUUUGUAGCUUCCAUGGGCCCUCUAUGUUUUUUUACACAACCUACUGUUUGGCUUUACAAUAUUUUAGUUGUGAGAAAGGAGUAGAAAAAGCUGUGUUGAUGUUGCAGAUGGGUGGUGAUGGGACUGAAGCAGGUGACAGGUUCACAUCUGUGUUCAGACAAUGUAGGGAAACUUUGUCUCUCCUGGGGACAUAGUUAUAGAUCUCUGUAAGAGGAGGGAAGGAAUGACCUGCUGGGUGUCCAGCAGGGAAUGAUUCAUGGCUGGCCACCACUUCCCUACCCAGUCCCCUAACAUAGUUAUUUUCUGUCAUCACGUCUACGGUGCCAUUUUUCACAAUUAUGCAAAUUUGAUUUUGGUGAUUUUAAAUAGGCACAACAGCUUUAAUAAUUAUGCAAAAAAUGUUGCCUGACAGUUGUUUGAUGUUUUGAUCAAUAUUAGCAUUAAAAAUGGAGAUAGUCCCUCUUCUUGUUGCUUAUCUGCACAAUAAAGACAAUAAAAAUGUAAUAAUAAUAAUGAUAAUAAUAAUUAUAAUAAUAAUAAUAAUAAUUAUUAUUAUUACUUAUACUUGUAAGUUAGGUAGGAAAUGAACCACUGGCAAGCAGCUGAAUAUGUACUUUUAAACAGCGAUAAAACAAGGUGCCUACAUUACCCAUAAUGCAACCAGAUAGCUAGCAUGUCGAUUUCGUGUUCUGUCGGUAACAGCUGAUGUAGCCUCGAGUUGGAAACAGAGCCUGGCAGGUCCUGAAGCUACCUUACAAAAAUAAUUAUUUUGGGAUACAAAAACAGGUACAUUUUACAGGCAAAGUAAGCUUUACAAACUGCUUUUUCAACGUUUACAAGACAAGGAUGAGUAAAAUGGUUACCUCUCACCUGUUCACAUACUUUAUCUUGAGAUAUUCAAAAAACGUUCGCCUGUUUGUAAAUGUAUUUAUUCAUAGCCUACAGAAAUCUAUAAAUAUGUAAUGUAUAGAAAGCGCAUGGCUACAUACUUAGGCUUAAAUGGUGGUUUUGAUAGGCUGUCAUGUGAUUCAAAAGCAAGCAAACAGAAAAAUAAACAGACAUCACAAAUGUCUUGGAAGUCCGACCAUGAGUUUCCCCUACUAUUUUACUAACAAAUGAAUACCUCAUUUUAUAAGCAGCAGAAAUUGUGUUAAAGGGCUUUGCUCCUUGAUUGUAAUCUAAGCUAAGCACAAUCUUACUUUACACUUUUCACUGUUGUCAUACCAUUUCAAAGUGUAAAACGUUGAUCAAAAUGUGAAUGUUUUAGUGCAUAGGGCCUACAUUUAGGGGUAAAUAUUGUAUAACCUCCCUCUUGUUCAUAGCACAUUGUAUUUUGAUUAUGGUUUUAAUGAAAAAUAUUUAACUUAUUACAAAAAUGAAAACUUUGAAUAAAUUAAAAACUAUUCUAAGGCAAAAUCUUAUCACUCACCUGCCGAUUGAAAGUUUGCUGAGUCUGUUUUUGCUUCAUGUUUUUCGUCAGGUUGAUAUCUCUCACCACCAGAAUCAGCUUUCACUGGGAGAGGAUUAACAAAAUAUUUACAUGGAAGUAGAGAUGCUCUAUUGUGCUCCCUGUGCAGCAGGAUGUGUUGGAGGGGUAAAGUUUGUGUACAAAACCUGCAGCUGUCUCGGACUCUGUGUUUUUGAUUAGCAGUAGGUCAUGGCGGACUGCUGUAGAAACUGCUCUUGUUGGUUUGCUGUCUGUUUGAUUCACACGCUUGGAUACGUGUGAGUCAGAGAUGUAAAAAAGUGCAUGCUCUGCUGUACACCCGAAGUACUUCUCUUUGUCUGGGGAAGACACAGUGUUGACUGAAGCAAGAAAAAGUAUGAAAUGCAGGCUUUCAAGCGUUUGUCCUUGUCUCUGCUGAGCUCACAUGGGCAGCGGAGUGCCAACAUGGAGUGUGCAUCACUACCACAAUCAUUUUCAAACAAACACAAGGUCUGAGGCGAAAAUGGUCAUCUCUUUCCUUCAAAAAUGCACGCACCUUCAAACGCCCUCUCACUCUAUGAUUUUAUUCCGUGUGUAUUUUCAUAAUGAUUUCCACGUGGGCAUCAGUCAUGCUGGCACUUUUGUACAUGAUAGACUGUAGGUGUAGACUCUAACCAAGGGCUAAAAGCACCCCUGAGGGGGACUCUGGGAUGGUAAUGACAUUCUGGACUGGCUAUAUUAAACAGGCACAAGCCAGGGGAGUGAAUAAAUCAGUGAUGAAUCAAGGGGAAAUGUUCUUUGUGGCCGAGUUGGGAGCUCAAAGCAGUGUCGGGUGUUUGUCAGCAUCAGUGAGUGAGUUCUGUAUCCACAGAUUGCCUUACAGCCUGUAACUUUAAUGAACAAUGUGCUAUCUGAGCUGCUGUCGUUUCAGAUUUUAGAUUCCCGAUGUGUUGCAGAGAUUUGACAGCCGACCAGCAGCUCUGUCAGAAACACUCUUUCUUGAGCGACUGGAGUAACAUGAACCUAAUACUGAUGCUGUGCUUACUUCCUCAGGUCUGGUGAUUGGCUUUUCUAUGACUCCACCCGUCCUCGACAGCUCUAAAGACGACCUAGUGAUUCCAGUUCGCCAAACACUCACUAUUACAUGCAGGUAUGUGUGUGGUGUGCAGGUUCGGAAGGGGAGAAAUCUAUAAUGAUAGUGGGGCCAUAGCCAAAAUCAGGCAUCCUAUUCUGUGAUAACAACCCAAGGCACCUUGGGACAUUCAAAGUGUGCGAAACAUUACAUCUUGGGAGUAAAUUCAUCGAGAGUUGUACACAAAGUUCCACCUUUAGAUACUUUGUAUGAAUGAUGACAUUUUUGGUCUCUCGACUGGUCAAACAGUUUGGAAAGAAAGUUCAACCUUUCACUACACAAGCAACGUUUGAUGGAUGUAGAAACUCUUUGAUAGAGACUUCAUCUAUUGAUUGGGGUGCUUUGAAAUGGAGAACGUGCAAAACAGUAAUAUCAAUUAGAGCCUUCAUUUUCAAGGAAACAUUUCCCUCAUUUUUUUUCACUUUGCAAGUCUUAAGCUACAGGUCAAGGCACUACAAAGAAAUACUGGAGGCUAAACAACAUUAAUUAGGUAGUGGUAUACCAUUACACCUACACUAGUAAGGUGCAUUUCUAUUUUUCAGUAACUGAGUCUGCUGAUGUAAUUUUAAUUAUUGUGAAAUACAUUUAGCAUCAUGUUUGAUUACCUUGAGUUAAAUAGCCCUUCUGCUUCUGAUUGAGUACACUGAUAUUCAUACUGUGAGGAGUUGGUCGCUGGUUAGAAAGCAGACAGAAAUUGAUGUUGAUGCUGCUUCCUGAUCUGAUGUAACCUUUGUAGCCUGUGUCAGUGCACAAUAGUUACAUUGCAGGAUGUGCAAUGUCAGUCAUAUAACCUGAAACACGUCAUGCUGUCAGCACUGUCUUGUUUCAACGUCACUUUAAUGUAGCUUCUCACUUGAACCGCAUGCAGUGUGCAUCUGUGUGUCAUAUGAUUUAAACAUGUAGACAAGCAUGAGAAACUGCUGCCAUCACAGAUUCUCUGGCAAAUACUCAAUUAACCUAGACAGAUUUUUGGAGCGUUGACUGUGCCCGUCAACAUUAUGUGCUCACAUAUGGCCUGCUGACAGGUUCACGCAGUGUUUACGUUUAUUAUCCACACUUGUAGUGCUGAAGAUAAAGUGAAGUGUUUUGAAAAUUACAGGGAGAAGAACAUUGAGAGUUUUCAUUUAAUUAAAGUCACCAUCACAGGGCUGUUGAUGCAGAUUAAAUAUCCCUUUAAACAUUGUCAGAAUUUACCGGCGGCACAUUCAUUUCAUUUAUCAUUAAAGUUAUAAAUAGUUCCAUCCCUAUUUCUGUGUAAAAGUUACAGAGCACUGCAGACACAGCUUUAGUUAUCAUUUUAAAGGGAUAUUCUGGCGUAAAAUUAAGUUAGCCGUAACACCGAGUUUGACACCCCGUUGAGAGAUGAAGGUUCCUGACCGCUUGCUUCUCUAGUUAUACGAACUUUAGUAAUGACUAAAGCCACUCUAUAGCCACAAAUAAUUCCCAGAACAGCACCUAACUUCAUCAACAGUACAUAUAAGUUCCUACCUGCAGCACUAGCCACCAAACAUCUUCUCAGCUUUGCCUAAUUUCUUUAGCAAAGAGACUAAACACAACUCACCCACUCUCUUACAGCAGCCGCUUGUUUGUAGCGAGACAUUGGGCCAUUCCACCAUGGACUACAGCGGGGUGACGCAGCUCAAGGAAGAACAUUUAUGAUCAUUACUUUAUCAUUUCCUUGAAGUAAUAAUCACCAUAUUAAUCAUUUUGCACUGCAGACACAGUAGUUCUUCUGCCUUUACGUCUCGGUCUGAUUACACUUCCAUGAAGAAAUGAUCUAUUGCUAUCAUGCGGUCAUUACUAAAGUUGGUAUAAUUAGAGAAGCAAGCAGUCGGCAAUAUUCAUCUCUCGAGCGGGUGUCUAACUCGGUGUUAUGGUGUGUUUGACCCUAACUUAAUUUUACGCCGGCAUAUCCCUUUAACAAUAUUCUCAAAGAGUUAUGCAUUUAACUUCUAAAGAAGGCAGGUGAAGGUUUUCUGCUUACGUCAGAACUCUUGGUGCUUGUACAUGCCAAAAUCAUUGAUGAAGAAGAGACACUGCCUCAUCCACAGGGGACACCAAAAUCACUACGCACAGGGAGUUCCUCACUCGAACAUUAAGUGAAGGACAUGAACACUGCCUUACUCAACUUCUCCCCAGUUUAUAAAUCCUUUAAUCUUAGGUUUCUACUAGAAAAUAUUGAAUUAAAAUCAAAUUAAAGGGUGUAUACAUUAAACAUCCUCUAUUUGCACAUGAGGAAAAACUUAACAGAAAAUCACACUCAAAAAAAGGAAAGAUCAACUUUUUGAACUAAGUUCCCACUAAAUAAGGGUCAUGUCCUAUAAUACACAGAGAUUUUGUGAAUCAUAAACACAGCCAACAGCAAUUUUAAGGAAAUCCCUCUGAGAUGUGAGAUUGCUCAUAAUGACCAUCCUUUAUCCUUAUGAAAUCUGCUGCACCGCUGUUGCCAAGCUCCCUCCUCAUUCACUGUCGGGUUUCUGCUGUCUAACAAAAGUGCUGUCUUUAGAAAUCUGGUGAGACCUUUGGACUUUUUCCAACACAGGUUUUGGAAAUGUUUUUUUUUUUUGCUUAUAUCUCACAUGAGUAGCUUUUACAAAGAAUCUCCAGGGAGAGGAUGUGGGUUCCAUUUUGAUCAAUUUAAGCUUUGCAGUGAACAAUUUUCCAAAAUCAAGACACACAGACAUAAUCCACAAGACUCAGAAAACAACCCAAAAUACUUUGAUUGUUCACUGUGAUAUCUGCAAUUAUCUCCAGUCAUCAGGCUUUGGCUCUGUCUGCUAAUGUGGACAUUUGGAGUCUGUGGCAGCAGGUUGUGAAAGCAUGUAUCAGUUUACAGACAGCCAUUAUGAUUCUACUCCAUCUCACUUGUAAAGCCUCAGGGUUAAGCAUAACUGGAUUUAUCAGACAAAGCAGGAAACCAAAAGGGAUGUGUUGAUGUACGGGGGAAUUUAUAGCACCACUCACACACACAAACAAACAAACAAGAAUAAAAUGAUAUCUACAUACAACAGUUCUGUUUGCCUCUGCAGAUAUUCUUCCAUCAUUUCUUAAUUAGUUAUUGUGCGAGAUGAAACAUAAAAUUUUAAAAACCCCUCUCACACCUGCUUUGUUUGGAGAAGUUGCAAAUCAGGAGGUGUUUCCCUCCUCAUUUUUGAACACAGCAAUCACAUAUGAAACGGAACAAAAACAAUCCAGCCAUGAUUACCCAGAAAAGCUUGUCUCAGCCCAUUUCAGAUGAGCCUUGGAGAGGUUCAUCUGCAGUGAGAACCCAAUCAACCCAGCAACCAGAAUAAAUACCUGCUAAACUCAUCACACUCCAGUAAUAGACGCAGUGGUUAGCGUAAAAAAGUGGUGGGCUGACUUUACGUUCUUUGCUUUGUGCAGCACUGCUGGGUAGAGUGGUGAAAGCCCAUAUUACUCAUGCCAAGACUCACAAGUUUGGUCGUUUCUGUGUGUUCAUGAAUACUGUCCAUUGUUUGACAAAAGUGCUCAUCUGCCUGGGUAAUAAUGAGGCAUUUGAUCUUUUUGCCGCUCCAAGUCCACCCACGAAUCAUUUUGUUGGUCGGUUUGCAGGCUACUGUUAUUUGGCCUUAAAACCCGCCCUCCACUCUGUUAAGUUUGACUGGUACCAAAGCAGCUUUUGUCUAUUUAUUCAAAGGAGGCUGUGAUCUAACAAUGUAAGGUCAGCACAGGGACGGUGAGUGCUUUGACCUGCUUUUCAAUAUUGCUGUAAGAAGAGAAAAGACCACAGACUGUACAUAACAUGAAUGUACUUUAGUUUCUAAAGCCCAUCAAAACUUCACUUUAGGUCAACAAGGAGAAGAGGCAGAGUCAAGGCAAGCCUUUAGCCUCCUCAUUACACAACCGGACAGUCAAGUCAGCUAUUGACAAUGCAAAACUCAGAGCCUGUCAAGAGUAGGUGUGUAUGUGGCUUCAAGGGUCUUACGUGUUUUUAGCAUAAUUUCCAGACUCAUGUCAGAAUCACACUCGUGCCUUUAUAUUUCCUUUAUGUUGUUGAAAUGAUGAAUAACCAAAGUAACCCAGAGUAAGCUAAAGUAAACUUAAAGUGACAGUGGCUAAAACGAAGCAUUUGAGACAGCUUUGUUUUAGCUGCUGUUCAGUUAAAAUAAUAGCAUUUUAAUACACCAGAGGGAGAAACACAAGGCUUUUUUUGAUCUUGAACUGAACUUAACUUAACUUAACUUAACUUAACUUAACUGAACUGAACUUAGUCCAUGUAGAUUCUCAUUCAUCCAGGUUAUGGUUUUCUUGAAGACUCCAAAAUCAGGCAACUGGUUUUCAACUCUACACAGUCCAGUUGCCUGUUGACUUAACUUAACUUAACUUUGCUUUACUUUACUUUACUUCACUUCACUAAGCUAACUACCUAAACUGCAUGUGACUAAUACACAAAAAUGUUUUGAAUCAAAUUUUUACAACACUAAGAUAAUUCAUUUGAAGUCCAUUUCCAUCCCAAAGCAUCCAUCAGCUUCGUAUGAUUGUAAUCAGCUCCUGACUAUUGUUGAACAAUGUGCACUUUUCAUUUAAUAAUGUCAUAGACUUGUGAUUUUUCAUCCUUUAACAUUCAAAUCUGUCCCUUUGUCUUCUCAGGGGGCAGCACACUCUGGCCUGGGCCUGGCCUGAUCAAACUCUGCCGGGACAGGAGCUAACUGACCGUCAGGCCCAGCUGCCGGUCACCAGGGACCCCGGGCAGAGGGUGGUCCUGAUCAGUGAGUGUCCAGGGCAGCCAGAAAGACCGUACUGCAAGAGGCUUGUCCUGACGGCUACGCGGGCCAAGGACACGGGCUACUAUAGCUGCUAUUACAAAGAUGCCAAGUCCGUCAUUGUCGGCACCACUGCCGUCAGUGUUUAUGUCUUCGUCAGAGGUGAGUCAUUCCUCUACAAACACAGGCGCACACACACUUACACACGAGCACACACUGACUCAGUCAAACUGAAAAUAUUCAAACUCCUCAUUAACCUCAGCAGCUCAGCUUAAAACAUUCAUAACAAAGUUUUAUUUCCACUUAUUUUUUUUUAACCAUCAAAAGAUAAUUUUUAAAGUGUGCAAACUUUGACAUUCAAGUUGUCACUUUCGAUGAAAACAUUUUGUAAACCAGGGAUUUCUUUUCACUUUGAAAAAGCAGAGUCUGCAGCUUGUGGGGCCAUUUUGCCAUCAGAACUUUUUCUGUGUUUGAAGACAACACGUUUCAUCUUCCUCCUCCCUGUCUGACCUGGUCUGCGGCUCUUUAGUUUCUCUUUUGCUUGGGAGGUUCACAACAUAACCAAAGUCUUUCUUCUGAAAGAGAUCUCCUGUUUGAAAAAUGACUUCAGUAUCAAAGCAGCCCCAGUAUUAUUAGAGUUGGGGAUGGUUGGCUUUACCUCAGGAACACCCUGGAAGCUGGCUGGGUUAAUGUUUCAGAUAUUAUAUGCAAAGUGUUUGAAACAGGAUUGAACGGCAGAGUCUCUCUGUUAAAUAGAGAGAAGAUGUUUUAUUCAUUUUAUUCAAACCAGAAAUAAGAAGUAACUUUCCUUGUUAGCGGCGAAGUUGGUUAAAACUUGAGAAAAAAAAAGUUAAUAUGAGUGCCUUUACUGUUAUUCAAACUCAAAUAGAAUGAAUUAAAUGAUCUAUAAGUGCUUUUGAACAUGUUUUAAAUGUAUUCGAUUAGAUUAGAAAUAAGAAAGUAAAAGAAAUAUGAAAAUAAAAGACCGGCGUGAUGCAGUGGGUUUUAUCUCCAUGCUUACAGUGAUCCUAGGAGUAGGGGUUAUAUCUCUUACUCCUUUUGUAGACUCUCUUUAUGCCUCUUUUCCAUAAGGGUCACCUCUCCACCUUCUCUGUGGGAAAAAGAGGAGGAGGAGCCAAUCAGAAUAACUGUAGAGAGAGAGAUGAUUGUCAUUUUGGGGAAUUCUGCUGUCCAAUCCACUCAUAUGAAACACCAGUUUAUCGGCUGUGACAAGGUGCCAAAACAGUUUCCACAGAUCUAAGCAGGGGGCUGAUCAGAAGCAGAUGAAAUCGCAGCCAUAAAUUAGACCCAGCGUGAGACGAGACGAGAGGAGACGCAUAUGGAUCUAGUUAGACAGGGAGACAUAACCUCUUUAACAUGUCCCUGCUCCAUACUAUCACCUUAAAAUAUGACUGUGCAGUAUGACCUGAGAGAUGAAAGUAUUGCAUGUGUGAAGGCUUAAAAACCAAGCAUGCAGGCUCAUGUAAAGUACACUCAUACCCACACUAGUACCCCUGAUGGUUUGCGUCUCGCCCCAAGGAGGACAUCCCCUCUGACUAAGCCCAAUGCGUCCAAUACCUGCUGUGAUUUAUUGUGAAGAACUUAGAGUGCCUGAAGUUGUGUAUUAUUUCUGUUACCUUUGUGUAUUUAGACCGCCGCCGGGCAGAAAUAUAAGCCUCUCAAUAGGACCCAUUGUUUGGCCUUGCAGCAGCGUGAAGUCGUGGCUUUGAUUGCCCAGGAAAAAAAAGAAAAGAAUAGAGGGCUUACUGGAGAAAAAAUAAGGAAUAAAAGAAGAGAAAGCAAAUAAGCAGGUUGUGGUCGCACAUCAUCUUUGGCUGCCGCACCAAAGUCACCAGUAUUGAAAGGAAAGCCUGAGAGAUAAGCUCUUUUAUAAUGGUGUGCGCUCAUGCUGUGGUUAUGAGGUUUUGUAGUGAUAACAGCGGCAUUUUCAAUUAGCGGCUGUGAGGUCUCCCCAGAGUCCCUCUCAAGAAACAGCGGGGCCGAACUAAAGGGAACAUCAAAGACAAGAAGAAGAAGAAGAGACAGAGGGGACGUGUUUCCGACUAACUGACAGCGUGUGUUGAAAUGGCAGCAGCUGGUUAGAGGAGGAUUAAACCCCGUUAGCUGUGUGUCUCUGAGCUGACAGAUAAUAACAGCACUUAAUGGCGUUUCCUGGGAGGAGACAGACCCCACAGUUGCAUUAAAUGUAAUCAUGAUAAACUCUGUAUGUGAUGUGUCCAUAGGGGUCAUUAUCAGACUGUGAGAUAUGUAGCUAGCUGUAGGUGCUGUGACUUUGGUAAUAGCUGUCAUUAUCCCAUCCGGAAUCAGGGCCACUCUUUAGAGCCUCUGAAAACCCAAAAGAAAAAACCUUUCAGCCAUGCACUAUGGAUUCUUUUGUGCAUAAUCGUGAGCAGUGGAAAAGAUGAGAAAUCAGUUUCAUUUGAGAAAGCAAAUGUUGUCCUCUUAGUUUCUGUAAACUUCACAGAAACUGGGUUUUGAUUUAGUGAAAUAAAGCUGUGAAGUUUGCGAUUUAAAUACUGCAACCUGGGGAUAGACAUGAUAUUUGGAUUUUGCUAUGACAUCUGCAGGCUUUAAGAAUUAACCCCCAGGGGGCAUCAAGUUUGAGUUUUCGAUUAUCUUUUGUAAUGCUGCCCAUUGAAUUUGGUGCCCUCUUGAUGUGACGUCUUAAAGGUGGGGUAGGCAGGAAUCCAUUAAAGAAGCGUCUUUUUUUGUGGUGUAUAUACAAAAAAGCUUUUAAUAUCAGUCAAUAGUUAUUAUUGAUGACGUUUGGUAAUAUAACGAUAUCGCUGUGUUUUGUUAUGUCUGUGUAGUCAACCUUUUAAAUGUUUUUAGCGGCCCUCUUUCCUCCCCCAACCUGAUUGGUUGGGAGGCAGAUGCUGCUCCCUCGUGUUGUGAGGCAUGCUCCACGUCCUCCAAUAAAGUGCAGGAGCCCAAACAAAGUUUGCGUGCUAUAAUAUCAGACUGUAGAAACUAAUCAGAAAGUACAGAACACACAAGCAAUAAAACAAAGUAAAUACCUGAGACUCUGGCGGAAUAACAGGCGCUUAAAAUGGAGGUAGACUGGACAAGAGCUAAGAAGCCGGGUCAACAUCAGCAUAAAGUGUUUCUUGUCAAACGGGGCCUGCUGCAUGUUGUAGCGCCGCUAAACUGUUUACCUCGGGUCCUGGAGAAUGUCACUUUAUCGUAGUUGUGGAAGUCCUGCAAACAUUGUGUUUGCUGGUAGUCUGUUGACAUCUACAGUAGCACCAAUGAUUUUUACUUUCACGCUGACUGGGCCCCAUUUGUAAUUAUCUGAAGUAUUUAUCUGCAUUAUGUCUGAUUUAAAUUAAAAUGAUACGACUGAGCAAGAGCGUCUGUUUGUGGGCGGGGCUUGCUGGAGCAGAGAGGGAGGGGAGAGGAGGAGCUGAGGGGAAAACUGGUUGGGAGGGGUAGAGUUUUCAUUCAAGAUUUCUCCCAAAAACUGGCACUUCCUCAGAUCCUGCCUACCCCACCUUCAAGCUAAUGCUGAAGAGCCAUUGUUUAGUGUUGUUUCGAACAUUGAGCUAACAUUAUAUGUACGUUAAUUGCUAGUCAGUAUAUAGGUAGCAAAGCAUCUUGGUCAUCAGGGCUCGAUCUUCUCCCCACAAAUACCCUUUACCCCAGUGCACCAGAAAAUGUGUCUCUGGAUUUUUCAGUCAUUCACGUUUCAUUAUAAGCUGUUUUCUAAUCACAUCUCAUUGAUAUGCCGACUUGAAUUACCAUGUGAAUUGACAGUGCAGCUCAGACUUUUGUGUUUAUAUGCUUUCAGAUAAUGGUUGUAGGAACUGCUGUCUGUGUCUGUAUUCUACAUUUUAAAAAGUUUGUUUUUAAGGUCACUGCCAUUUUUAAAAUUACAAUGAAUUUUAAGAAUUUGAAUUUGCAAUUUGUUAAGUUGCAUUUUAAAAACAAAAUCCAUGGAUGUCAUAUUUGAGAUGCAAAGAGUACUUUGGUUAUGCUCGAGGCUUAUGACAUACAGAGAGCUUCUCCUUUGGGAUGACAGCUAGAUGACACUGAACUGGUCUUGAUGUAGGGGAAAGUGGGUGGAGUCAAAUGUUUGCCUCAGCCCACAAAUGUGACACCCAAUCAGGGGCUUCACAUUUACCAUCACUUUAAAUCCCGCAAGUUUUUUAAGAACUUUUCUGCCAUGAUUGUCACAAGUUUUGUGCUGAGUCGUUGUCAGUCAAGAUGUGAUCUGUGAUGCCCUUAAGAUCAUGAUAAUUGAUCCAACCAGCAAAAUUAAUAAUUAAAGUUUCACUCACACUUCAGUGGAUGCUUUGUUGAACUUUCAUCUUCUGUUUGUACCAUUUGAAGUCUUUUUUUCAUAAGCUCUUUGUUUCUAUCCACACACAGAUCCUGAGCAGCCCUUUCUCAGGAGAGACGGCUACAGUGAGGCCAAUGGAAACAACCUGGAGACCAUUUUAAUCACACGGUUCUCCAUGCGCAUCAUAGUGCCAUGUCUAGUCACAGUGCCUGAUCUGAACGUCACUCUGCAUGCGGUUUGUACUCACAAAAUGCUUUCUCAAACCUGUCAAAUAAUCUCGAAAUGAUGACUUGAGCUGAAGGAAUAAUUUUCUCAUGCCUGUCUGUCAGUAUCCAACUCCUCUGGAGAAUCGCUGGAUGACAUGGGAUAACAAAAAAGGCUGGUCCAUUCCCCGUCAAAUCAUCGACAGCGCGCCCAUGGUCAUUGGAGUUCAGUGUGUCGCCAUGUUGGAUGGCAAAGAGUUUCAAUCCGCUAACUACCUAAUCCACACCACAGGUACAACAUAUUCCAUCAGUAGUACAUGCUCACACCAGAGGUUAUAAGGUUGGACCUGUAUUGAUUUCUUUAAAAACAUAAAAAGAACUCUGAUAAUGAGUUUUUGACGUUCGAUUUUCUUUCAGGCUUCAUCCUUGUGUUUUGAAGAUAGGAUUUCUUCUGUCACAAUGAGCACAAGGUUGAACGUGAUGAAAAGAGAAAAAAUAGGGGAAAAAAGAGGAAAACAUCCAGUUGAUAUGUAGAGGCGGUUGGCUAGGACACCUAGUUUAAGCAUCAGAGUUAGUUUCAAAUAUUCACUUUAGAACUUCAUUAAACAAACCUAAAGAAACUUCCUCUACUCUCCAUCCUUUUACCCCUCUGCUUUGUCUCUAAGCAGCAGCUCUCUCAUUUACUCCUAGCAGCACAGCCAGCAGGAUUCGGCGUUCAGGGCUAAAUCAAUAUAGUGGCUGGUUUUAAUGUCUCUUAUGCUGGCAAAGUUUAAUGAAAGGAAGUACAGAAAACAAAAUGCUCCAUAAAAUGCAGCAAUCAACUUUAGACCGAAGCUUUUUUAAAACACCCACAUCAGACUCACACAGGUAUAUCACACAUCAGGAGGUGUGAGUUGCAAUUGGAGCAUAAAAUGCACCAAUCUAAAACAGCAGGUGUGUUCCAGUUAAGCCUGAUUUCAGUGGGCAGGUUCAGCAGGCGUAGGAAAACCUUAAAUAGAGUGGAUGUAGCAGGUCUUGAGAAUUUAAAGGUGAACAUUUUGGAAUAGCAAUAAAUUUCAAUGAUAACUCUUAUCUAUUGAAGAAAGCACAAGGUUGAAAAGACAGUCUAAUGCUGGGAGAUGCACCAUGUUCAGUUUGACAAGCCUUAGUGUUUAUUUUUCCUGUGCUGACCAAGCUCUUAAAAAAUGAAAAAGUAGUUAAAUUCCAGUGGUUUGAUUGAAAUGAGCAGUAAAACUGAUCAAAUAAAGCAGCUCUGCUGAAGUCUUCUGUCAUUUCCCAGUAAGAUAUUCAGUAAGUCCAUUCAGAGCUCAACUUCUGCAGCUACAAAAACAGAACUGACCGAGAGCAAACAUUUAAAUUAGAUUUAAAGACAGAUUAGCGAGGAAAUUAAAGGUGGCACCAGAGUGAUUUCAUUGUCACCAUAAUUCUGCACAGCCGUCACUUUGCCAGUUUCUUCUUCACGCUGGCAAUUUGAGCAAUUUUUAUUAUUUUAUGUCAUUUCCUCUGGAACAACUCCCACUUUUGUGUGCCAAUUUGCUUGUAGAAUUAGAAGAAAUAACAGAGAAGGAAGAGAGGGGAGGGCAUAAUUUGAUUUCAGGGAACCAAGAAGAAGAGGAGAGAUAUUAUGCGAGUGUUGCUUUGUGCUGUAGUGAACUUUGAGGGACCCAGAGGCUCUUAGCUGUGUUGUGUGAGAUCACUCACCUUGGUUUUCAGAGGGCGAAGGAAACUCAUACCCACUGCUGCUGGCCAAGAGUAACAGCAGCAUCAGUCAGAGCUGAAAACUGAGAGCCAGUCUUCACUCCUAAAGCUAAUGGGGCGUUUAAACAAUCAGGCAAUCACAGCCUGCUGCACAGACUUCACUGGCCCUUAUGUUACUUUACACACCACACAGUUUCCAGUGACUGCACAGAGAAGCGGCUUGAAUAUCAAGAAUAUCAAAGACACUGGCCAGAGUCUAUUUUUUUUUUAGCCUUUCUUAUCUGGAACCGGGUCCUCACUGUAUUUUAAUAUUCCUCACUGAUUUACAGUUUGACACAUGAAUGGAAAUAGACCAAGCCAGUGACGGGCUAUUCUUUAUAGCUGGAUGGCUCCUUGUUUCCUCUGGUCCUGAAAGGAAGGAAAAACUGCUGACGAUGUCACCGUGACCUCUCUCACUGUCCCUCUAACCCCCCACCCCCACCCCCCCAUUCAUUUUCCCUGACAGGAAGUCAGGUUUACAAUGUCAAGCUGUUUCCUGAGAACCUUGUGGAGCUGAUAGCUGGGGAGGCCCUCACCCUGAACUGCACAGCGUUAGUGGAGUUCGACGCCGGAGUGAACAUCCAAUGGUCCUAUCCUGGUAAACAGGUAAACACAGACUGACUGACUGCAUGUUUGACAGAAACAAAAAGUGAAAUGUGGAAAAACUGAACAGUUUCUUCUCAUUAGACCAACAGUCAGGUGGACUUUAGGCCCUAUCGGGAAGCUCUGUCUCACGCCACAGAGGCAGCUAGCAUCCUGACCAUCCAUAGUGUAAACGUCACAGACACAGGCGCCUACAGCUGCAACGUGACCAGCAUGGAAACAACACUGACGCAACAAACUCAGGUCAUAGUUUAUGGUAAGCAGAGGCUCAGGAGAUCUCACAUUAGCUGCCUUGUCUUACACUUUGAUCUGUCAUUCACAACUUUGAAACAGAUUGAUAAAUUACCUUGAAUAAUCUGCUCUGAGCUACGAUAUGACAAAUGUAAAUAAGUGUCAUCUGCAGUAGGCUAAUCAGAACUUCAGCAAAAGACAUGAUCAAUGUUUCUGCGGUGAUGAGAGAGAUGACAUGUAAAGAAACAAACACACUCAGGAAUGUUCAUCACAGAACAGUAUUAAUGUGGAGCAACAUCCAUUUCGACAGUAUUUGUCAUAGAAAAACAAUUAAAAAAAUAUGUGAACUGACUGAAAUUUGGAGUAUAUUGACUUAAAGUUAUCUGUAGAUGAGAUAAGAAAAUAUGCUGCAAAAUCUAUGAAAUACUUGGUGCUGUGGGACUGAAGGGUGGGUCUGAUUCAGCCGACCCAAUUCAGUACAAAUACCACUGAGAUGUCUGAAACCACUCCUAGCAUACUUGGCUUUAACCUGGCCUUCAAAGGAAAAGCUGUAAUUUGAAAAUACUGUUUUGACAUUCAGCUGAGGAAUGAUUUCAUAAGUUUUGACUGCAGCUUUCUGAUCAUUUUAGGUCAGCAUUUGAAUCGACAGUAGCUUUUUUUUUUUUAAUGAAAGCUGACUUAUAGCCACCGCUCGCCUCCAAGAAGCCGUCUAUAAGGCUGUAAAACAAUGAACACUGUAAAGAUUUCUGGCAAAGAUUUCCUUUGGCUCGGGCUUUACUUAAGACUCAAUAUAUCUCAUUCCAGAAAAGCCAUUUAUCAGCCUCAACUACAGAAAUGGAGCAGUUGUGGAGGUAACUGCUGGUCAGAAACCUUUCAGAUUACAAGUAAAUGUGUCUGCAUUCCCCACACCUGAAACACAGUGGUAAGAUGAGACUCUCUGGUCUAUUUACUGAACAUAAUGAGUGAUUUUCACAGUGGAUAGAGGGAGCACUGCUCUACAACACCUGUAUGUGUGUGUGUUUGUUUGGGGUUAUGAACAGGUAUAAAGAUGGAAAGCCGAUAAACCAGCGACCUGAGUUCAAGAUGAAAAGGAUGAGGAUGCACUCUAACCACGAUCUGGAGAUUAAGGAGGUCUUUCAGGAGGAUUCUGGCCUUUACACUGUGGUGCUGAAGAACAGUUUGGCAGCCCUGGAGAGGAGGCUCAACAUCACUCUUGUUGUCAACGGUAACCAGUCUGUUUGUCUGUGUACCCUCAGUGGAGUUCAGCCAGAUAUUUUAAGUACAGUAAAAUCAGAGGAUGUGCUAUAAAUUUUAACACCUGCAGCAAAAUUCACAGGGUUUAUUAGUUUUCCAAGUAAGGACAAUAGAAGGGACACGCAGUCGCUGGAUGGCUUUGAUCAGUGUGUACACAAAAUGCUUUUGUACAAGAUUAAGUGUGGCUUGGAUUUAUGGUAGGGGAAAUAAAAGCCAGAACAUCAAAACCGAAAUGAGAAGAAUGAGUCCAACAUGUUAUUUUAAUCAAUAUAAUUAUUCAUGUAGCCUUUAAUCACACUAAAGUGUAUUUGAUUAUAAUAAUUAACUUUUUGGAGUUGUUCAGUUGUCUCAUUUUAUUCUGACUAAGUUUCCAUCACAGAUUUUGUGGCCAAAUUGUGCCCAGCUCAUGUUGUAGUUACCUUAGAUAACUAAGCCAGAUUUCAAAGAUGAACCUAAACUUUUCAUGUUGGUGGACAAAGAUUUUUGAAGUUAUUCUCUCUGUCCUGACCGACUGCCAACUACUCAACAGUGUCCUUUUCUGCCAAAUGAAAACAUAGUGAGAUACAUAUUGUGACUUCCAGAAUUAAAAACUGUGAUUAUAUACUAAGCUAUCGCUCCUCUUCCUCAGUUCCCCCUCAGAUCCACGAGAAAGAGGUGGCAGAUCCAUCCAGUCCUUACCCCAGUGGCAGCAGCCAGACUCUAACAUGCACCGCCUAUGGUCUCCCGGCUCCCACCGUCAGCUGGCAGUGGAGGGCUUGGGGUUCGUGCAUCCUUAACAACACUCGGAGCAGACUGUAAGGAAAACUGCCAUCCCAUCUACAGACUGUUACACUUAAAAGUGAUGUUUUUUGUGUGGGAGCCUUUGCUUAACAGUGUGGGAGCAGAAAAAAAAGUUUUAUCGAACGAGUGGGAAGCAGUGUGUGAAGUGUUUUGUGAGGCUGAAAUAGGAGGGAGAGGUCAGUGUGAAAUUAUCCACUUGCUCUGUCUGUAAAAGAGGAGACGAUGAUGAAGAAAGAGAUGCGGAGGUGGAUGAAAAGAGGAAGGAUUAAGAGGAAGGGGAGGAGAGCCAAACAGAGGGACAAGAAGACGAGAGAAGGAAUGAACGUCUGUUUGGUGUCCAACCCGCAAACUCCCACAUGUAGUGAUUUUGUUCUGUUUUUCUGCAGCUGGUCAGCCAUGCUUUCGCUCUCACACAGCGGUCUCAAAUACAUGAUACACACAUAGUAUACCCACUGAGACAUGCACAGAAACCACCUUGGUGUGUUCGAACCCAUCAGAGUGCUAUAUAUCAUGCAAACACUCACUCAAAUGCACACAUAAACUCAAGAGCACACUCUCAUAUUUAUUGCCAAGCAUUGCCCUGGGCCCUCCUCCUUUUCCGUGUUUCAGCUGAAUCCCACUGCACAGUAUAAUGGAUUCUCAGGAUGGUCAUUUACGAUAGAUUUCAGUUAUUUUCCUUUAUAAGCCCCCGGGUUGCGGCUGCUUCUCCUGCAUAUCCUCAUAAUAUCACCUGCCUCUAUCUUCCUCUAAGGCAUGAUUUUAGAGCUAUAGCUGUUCCCCUGACCUUUCUAUGUGGGCAGAAAACAUGGACACACAAAGCACCCAAACUGUUCCUAUAAGCAGAAGCACACUACAGCGGUAUAAUAAGCUCAACUUUUGCUCCAGCUGUCAGGUUCAUAUUCCGUCUCACACACAUCUCUUGUGACAUUUUAUUGGCACAGACCGAGCAACUGUUGUCUUGACCUUUUCACUUCAAUCAGAAUUGUGUUUUCAUUUUAUUUAUUAGAUGGUCAGACAUUAAGUGUAGGAAUAAUAAACCUGUCUUGGGUCACCAGAACUAUUUAGAUAUGUAGCACAAAUCACAUUUAAACCAUCUGCCUGUCAAAGUGACACUGAUUUCAGCAAAGUCUUGGAAAAACUUGACCCACCUCAUCCUCAGCUUGUGAGUUAAAUACUUGGAUUAUCAGAAGGGGAUUGUGUCACACAAAGGACUGUGUGGAAGUGUAAAGAUUUUGCUCCUUUUGCAGGACCAUUUGAGUAACUUUUUAGUGAAAUUAAUCUCUGUAACAUGCAGAUGAUUGUAAUAAUUGGCUUUUGUGACUAAGAAGACAAUUGAUAUCAUCAUCAGAUCUGUAUGUCUAUUAUGAAGUGAGGACCAGGACACAUGGCAUAAAGACUGGGGUCAUUGGGGGCAGAGUUUCUUUCCUGGAUUUACAAUCCUUCCCAAACACAACAUUACUUCCAAAUAUUUCUUGUUAUCUGUGCUAGGGUUAGCGAGGACAAUGCUCAAGCUCAAUGAACAUCCCUGACUUUUAAAGGUAAUGUGAAGGAAACUUAAGAGUAACAUCUGAGACACCACAAGUGGACAUCCCGUCCUGCUGUUCUCAUAUAUUUUGGUUAAUUUGGCCAUUGGAAGAAAAAAAGAUAUCAAAAAAAGAGAUGUAGGAUGAAUUGUAUAGAGGUAAUAUGUCUACAAGAAGAAGAAGAAGACUAGCUGGGAUUUUGAAACUCAAAACCCCACAUUUUCAUCAGGUAAUGUAUUAUAUGUAUUAUGUGGUGUCAUUGCUAAGUAAUUUUAGAGUCCAACCCCACUUUUUGCAAAAUGAAGUUCAGGAUUUCUGAGCUUCCAACAACAAUCUCUCUCAUGAGUGUGUGCGUGCGUGCGUGUACAAAAACUGAGAUGUAUAAACCUCAAGUUCUGGUUAAAUUUGUUCCUUUUUCCCGUUCCUUAUCCUGGGCUGAGCCAACCAUCUUGUUACUGUAGUUUUAAAUUCAUAGUUAAGAUAUGAAAGUGGGAUUUUGUCAUCCAAGAAUGUGGAUGAAUGUAUUAACCAUAUAAUGAGCUCUUCAUUUGUAAUUAGGGUGAAGAUUUUAUCGAGUAAAGGUGUUGAUAGACGGACGAAGACAUUGAUUAAAAUGUUCAACUCUGUGUGAAAAAGCAGAGGAUUAACCCAUGGGACCUAAUUUCACAGUAAUCUAUGAGAUAGUGCUGAGAUAUUUCAGUCUAGACCAGAUCAAUGGAUACAUAAGACUACAGCUCCUGUGGCCAUUCUGUCAGCAUGUUGUUAACAAAACUUGUGUAAGAUGGGAGCAAUUUAAAGUCAUGUCACCUUAAAUUCCCCAAGACAGAGGACACAGCCCAGACUCCUCAUAGAUAGCGGUGACAAUGUCAGGUGUUUCCCCCAAGGGACAAAAACAAAUGUAUAUGUAAAUGGAUAUUGGCAGUGGCAUUUUCCUAAUGGCCAUGACUAGGAGAUAAAGAUUUCCUGGAGGAAAUCACAGCCUGUUACUUCAUCCAAAUUUGAUCUUGGGGGAAACUGAUAUACAUGUUGUUGUUUUUUUCAUUCACAAUUUGUACGUGAAGCUCAGCUGUUUGUACACAGUUGCAGAAUAAAAUGAAACUGACCCUGAUUACCUUUAGCUAAUGUGGAAGAAUGCAGUUGUGCCUUAAGGAGAAAAUGCAAAACAAAAAAUCCAUUUCUUGUUCAUUAGUUCUGCUACAGUGUUCACACUAUGGAUCCUUAUAAUAGAAAUUGAUACCAUUGUUUUUCUAUUAGUUGCUGGGACACUAAGUAUAAUUGCCUCAGCUUUUGGGAGCUGAGCUGAUGUUCAGCUCUGAAAUGCAAAAUAGUGCGUGGAGACAAAAAUCUCAUAAAAACCUCAGGAUGUCUGGUUUGAUGUGCCUCUGGAUUCUUCCCCCACGGCUCCAUCUCUGCCAUGCAUGUCAAUGAGGAGAGAUGUCACGAACGCGUCUGUGUGUGUCUCCAGGGUUCGACGAGACAGGAAGGGCCGGAGUGACAGGAUCGCAGACUGUCAGAACUGGCAGGACAUUAACUUAGAGAACGGCGUGAAUGCAAUUGAGGCGAUCGAGAGAACAGUGGAAGUGGUUGACAGCCGACAAAAGGUAGAGUACAGUUAUCUGAUUAUGAUUGACACUCAACCUAAAAGUACACCUCUUCAUGAAUAAGUAAAUGUCUGAUCGUUAAGGAUGAUGUUAUUAUGUAAGAUGCCAUUUUUUGUUACAAAAAGAAAACAACAAUUAAAGUGAACCCAGAAGACAUUUAUGUAAGUGGACUUAUCUCUGAACUGUGAUGUUUUUAUGUAAGCGUCCCAAAUCCUGAGCUCCAUAACAAAAUUUGUCAAUCAUGAGCCAUUUCCACAGUAGAAAUAUUUAGAGCAGCCUUCCUCUGCAGACUUCCUGUGAGGACGGGUUAUAAACACAUCCACACAUACAUGCAAAGGGGGCACAUGUGCACAUACACAUGCCUGUUCAUUUAUAAACCACAACCAUUAGAGGAAAUGAUAAAAUGGGCACACACAUGUAUGCACACACAGAGUCCUGAUGUUUUUCUGUCACACCUGUAUGGGGUUGCCUCUUGUUCACCCGUCAGCACAAAAUCUGGUUUGUGUCAGCACAUGAAGACUAACAUGAAAGCAUACCACCUUUCCCAAAUCUGCAAGUUAUUUAAGUUCAUGAUUUAAAAUCAAAGUCUUUUUUUACUCUACAGAUUGUGAGCAGGCUGCAGAUUGGAAACGCCAGUGUUUCAGUUAUGUACAAGUGCUCUGCUGAAAACAAAGUUGGCAAAGAUGAACGACUGAUCCACUUCUAUGUGACCAGUAAGUAUCCCUGCUUAGAUUUAACAAUGGAUGCACCAAUCCAGAAUAUCAUAAUCAAUAUCAACUCUAUUGACAAAAUCUUCAAAAAUUGAGGUAAACAUUGUUGAAGUCAUCCAGCCCUUCUUUACAUCAGUUUUAAUAAGCAAAAUUUAAUUUCAAAAGGACCUUAAAUGUACCAUCUUUGACAUGAAAAACAAUUUAAUGAAAAAAAUAACUGCCUCAAAAGCUUCCUGAUUCUCUUUUGCGAUGACUGACUCAGCCAGAAUGCAUUUUUCAAUACUUUGACAGCCCAUCAAAAUGAAUGAAAACAUGAUGAUGAAUAUGAAAAUUACAUUAAACGCUCAAACCACCAGAACAGCAGCUAAAAAAAAAGCAUGUCAGAUAUAAUGAAUGAAUCAUCACAAAUAUUCAACAAAACAGCUCUUGAGUUUGUUUUUCCUUUCAAGUUUUAUCACUAAACCACACACUCAGCUAAAUUGGGGAUUCCUAGCUCGCCCACACCAAGUCCAUGCAAUAUAACAUUUUAAUAUGGCCACUAUCUGCCAUCAGUAAACAACAAUUCAUGUGCCUAUGGGCAGUUAGUCAUCCACAGGAUGAGUAUCCGCUGAUAAUAGCGGAUAAAUCCUACUUAGCAGAUAAAUUGAUGAUUCAACCUAAUGAUAAAAACACAUGGAGACAGUAGUGUUUAUGAACGACACCUGGUAUAUUUAGCAGCAACACAGAUCAUUUGAAAUUAAAGACAUUAAAAGACUUCUAGGAUCGCUCCUAGAGUGUGUCUACCUCCAACUGACAGGCUGCUACCAUGGUGACCCAUCAACCAGAAUACAAAUCUACCAAAGUGUCCUCUAAAUAUGAACAAAUCUAGCUCUAAAAUAGGUUUUGAUAGCAGAAAGAAUAACUUGAGACCUGAAAGCAGUUUUUCACAAACCAGUGGUUGACUUCACAAUGAAUACAUUUUUCAUACAGUCUAUGUUUGCACCCCAUCACACUGGAGGUGAAUAGAAUCUGCAGUACCUACAUCUCUGGAAAAGAACAUUGAAAAGAUUCAAAAGCAGCAUCACUUUCUGCCUGGGAGCGUGGACGGAUUAUUGAUUUGGCUUCUUAGACACAAGCUCAGGAGCAUCAGAUCAUUAUGCCAAAACCUCUUUUUAACAAAAAGUCACAGGGCUGGACAGAAAUGAAUCCUGACCCUUUUGGUGAAGAAUUAAUGAGUCAGUAUUUGUUCAGUAUUUUUUUUUACCCAACAAUAUUUUUAUCAGUUUUAUACAGAUUAUACAAAGGAAACACAUCACAAAAACCCUGUCUGCUGCUGGAUAUUCCUAUUACUGUGGUUAAAUAACAAACUCUGGAGCUAAAACAAAAAAAUAAUAAUAAUUUUAAAAAAAACUAAUUUGUGCUGGGAUUUGGGUUUUGUAGAUCUUGAAAUAUAUAAGAUGUUGAGGAAUACGAAUGAACUAUCAUACGUUAAGAGAAACACAAAUGUAGACAAGUCGCUGAGAAGUGAAAAAGUCCAUAAAAGAGAUAAGAAUUUAAAUUUUAUCAUUAUAAAACAUCACAGAUAUAUAUCUGAAAAAGAACAACAAGAAGAGGAGAGUGAUAAUUCAAAAUGAUGAGAGUUUCUGAAUGUGGUCCAGAAAAGGUCCCUGUUCAGUAUUUUUUAGAACAUCUGUAUAACUCAGAAGUUCACAAUAAAUGUUUGACAGCAGAGAAGCAGCAAAUUCAAACUUUAAAUAUUAAAUAUUAAUAUAUAUAUUAAUAUUUAAAUAUUUUCUUUUUUCUUUUCUUCUCCCUUUUUCCUUUUUCUAAAUAUUUUCUUAAUUAUUACACUUAUUUAAGUUCUUAAUAUUAGGAUCUUUAUUUUUAUAACUGCAUUUUUGCACUCUUUGUCUGUGAUGCUGCUGUGACAAAAAAAAAAAAAUUCCGCUAUGGGGGAUCAAUAAAGGAAUAUUCUAUUCUAUUCUAUUCUAUUCUAUUAGCAUUGUGAUAUUUAAUGCUGAUUUUGUAAUUCAUUGAAUAUCAAAGAUGUAUUGUGAUAUCUGUUGCACAAGCUGUGUCCUGUUAGACUACCUAACCCCCCUACCUGCCCUUCUUUGUAUCACCAAAGCCAUCCCUGAGGGGUUCAGCCUGGAUGUUAAGCCCUCGGAGAAUCCCCUGGAGCAGGAGAGAGUGUCUCUGAGCUGCAGCGCCGACAAUUACACCUAUGAGCAGCUGCAGUGGUACCGCCUCGACCCCCAGGCCCCGCAGGAUGAGCAGGGUAGGCAGGAUAGGCAGCAGGAGCCAGACUGCAGGAGCGUGCACCUCUUAGCACAUACCCUCGAUGGCCAGCUCUCUUUCCAGGAGCCCUCCAAUAGCUGGGUUCUGGACUUCACCAUCCCAUCCAUACAGCUGCAGGAUGAGGGUCGUUACGUCUGCGUGGCUCAGAACAGGCGGAGCGGGGAGAAACAGUGCCUGUUUAGGAACAUCUCUGUUAAAGGUGAGCAAUCAAACGGGUGAAAGCUGUAGACACAGACUUGUAUUCACAUCUCGUGUUGGUGAGAGGAGUCGCUUUAACAGCAGCUAAUUAUAGAGGAAAGCUCAGGCCUUUGGCAGCGGAAGUACACACAGGUCUCAAUAGGCAUGGAGGAGAUGCUGGAAGCUUAAAAAUACACACACUCACUGAGAAAGUGCCCACGCAGCCUGUUACCCACAUCCACUCGUAACACAGAGAGAAGCUGGUGUUUGCACAUUAUCAGUAUGUAGUGACACAAAACAGAGGUGAGAUGCUGCAGGGCUAAACACACAAACAAAUCCAUACUUCAUUCAUGUCGUGUGCGGUAACCAUCUAUUACUACCUGCUGGAUGGAUGUUCAAUGUAAUAGGAUUUUUUAGCCUUUUGCCCUUUUUUCAGGGGCAGGAGACCCUUCAGUGAAAACAGUGAACACAAAUGUGGGCAAUAACAGUGAAUUCCCUCUCCUCCCUCUGUAUUUUGGUCUCUCUCCUUCUCCGUAGCCCUGGAGGCACCACGGUACAGACGCAGCCUCACCAACCAGACGGUGAAUGUGACCGAGUCCCUUCGGAUGGAGUGCGAUGCAGAGGGCAGACCCCUGCCCAGCCUCUCUUGGUUCAAAGACAACCAGCCUCUACACCAAAUGUCAGGUGGGUGAACACAACCCACACAGCGUUUACACAACAGUGCAGCCGCCCCCUUACCACACAUACAAACAACACAUCCAACAAGAGCUCCUCAGGAAGUUUGCCACCUCAGCUCGACACACUUGUUUACAUUCAUAAACCAGUGUUAAAUAUGUUCAUCAUCUCUGCUUAUAUUCACUGCCAGAACUGCAGCAGAUGUAUAGCCAUUUCUUACACUUUUGUCCUCAAGCUGUUCAACUUCUGUUACUGUUUCUUUUCAGUUUUGCUCUUGGUAUUCAGUUUUUUGUCUUUAUUUGAAAAAUUUGGAGCAGUCUGACACUAAAGAUGCCCAUAGGAUUUAUCUUUGUCUAAUAUUUUAAAUUUCACUCUAGGUUAUCAAAUAUAAACAAUAAGCUUUGUUCAAAGUCCUUUUCCCCUUCUUUUGGAUGAGGUUGUACUUUGUUUCGUGAUGAAAGGUUGACCUGCCAUCCAAAGGGCACACAGGCCAAGAUAUACAACCACCCACACGCAUGUACUGUUGAACAAAUAUGUCAAACAGAAACAGUGUCACACAUGUGUCAGUCACACAUACACACACACAAACAAACACACACAUACACAUUACACCCUACGGCUAAUGGACUCGGCUCAUUACCUUUCUCUGCAGCUUCUCUUUACAUCUGAAGAAAAAGAGGAGGGGGAGAAGGGGUGGUCAAUAUGGGUCUGAAUGACAGCUGAUGCUUAGGGUUCACUCAGAGAGGCUGCUGAGACAUGUGGCUACUGCUGCUGCUGCUGCUGGACAGGGUGAUGGGAUCAAAAAUAAACACUAUUGAUUAGAGUCCAGAGAUGUGACAAGAAUUCAAGAAAGUUAUUAAAACUGUAUUUGAUUUUCUGAGAGUUAAAUUAGGGUUGAGGUGCAGCAUUGUGUUUGUGUGUGUGUCUGGAUGUGUGACUCUAAUCCUUGUUGGUUCCUCACAGGGAUCCAGCUGCAAGAUUCAAACCGCACGCUGAGUAUCCAGCGGGUUAGGGAGGAGGACGCCGGGCUCUACACCUGCACAGCCUGCAACCAGCGUGGCUGUGUCAACUCCUCGGCUGCAGUUAAGGUCAUCGGUGAGACAGUCUCUCUCACACACACACACAAGCACAAGCACACACAUGCAGAAACAGACUUGUCAAGAUACCACCUGUAUCCACUCAUACACUCUCCCAGCUGACAUGCUGUCUUUAAAGCACUCAGGCCUGAAAUCCCUCUCAUCCUUGAGUUUGAAUUUCCACACGCAGGCGUUGGUUUUGGUGGUUCACCUCUCACACUUCCACUGCAGCUGUAGAUUUAGAGCCUUUUGUUCUGAACAGCUCUUGAGAUUAACAUUGAAGUUAUUAACUGCUGGGAUAUCGUAUAGUCAGAAUGAAGGAUUGAAUCUGUCUGAUGGAAAUGUGCAUGAUGAAUGACUGAAUGGAUUAAAUGGCUGUUUUAGCACAUUUAUGAAAAGCGAGAGAUUUGAUGCAAGGAGCCAGUUAGCAAACUGAGAUGAUACUUUGUAAUACAGCACCCCCUACAGAGUGAAAAGAGUCAUGUUAUGACAGAGGGACAAAAUACAGGAAACUUUUCAGGUACUUGGUAUUCACAUUUGCAUCUUAAAAUGAUUUUCUCUCUUUGUUUCUUUUUCUCUGCCAAGGUUCGAGUGACAAGGCCAGUGUGGAGAUAGUAAUCCUCAUUGGGACAGGAGUCAUCGCUGUUUUCUUCUGGGCCUUACUCAUCCUCAUUUUCUGCAAUGUGAAAAGGGUCAGAGGGCGCCGCCUUUCUCUGUGUGUCUGUGUGUUUGUGAGAGAAACUGACAGACUGUGACGGAGACACUUUAACCUCUGACACCCACCAUGUCUGUCUGAGUUUCAGCACGGCUUGUUUGAUCUUUGAGAGUCUGUGAUUUUUUCCUCUGAUAUGCGUCUGCCAGGAGUAAGUCUAAUUAGCGGUGGCACCACUAUUAGGCCAAUCAACAAGGACGUCUGUAAUGAGGCUGAAACCACUUUUAUCUCUCCUCACUUGGGCUCGUAUUCACUCUGUUGCUGAGCAGCAGCUCACAGUGUGAGGAUGGCUUUGACAAAAUCAGAAAGACAUGGCUCUUCUUGCUUUUGACACUGUUAAAGCAUCCUCAUCUUUUUGGCCUCACAACUAUCAAUAAAAAAAAAAAAGUCACCAAAAAUGUAAAAUGGGAAAAAAAGAUUAUGUGAAUAUCAGAAGUGACUCACACUGUUGGGCAGUUAUACCACAUCAACUCCUCUCAUCAUAAAAACUCUGUAAAAGCAGCAGGGAGGAGAGUCCAAGUUUGAAUUCUGAAUUAAAUGAUUUUCUGUUAAAAAUCCAACAGAGCCAAUGAACAACAAAGAGUCCCGCCCACACAUACGAUCGGCUGAUUUGAAAACAAAAAUCGGACACAUCAGACAAGAUAACAUUUUACAGAUAUUAUUCACAUUUGAAAGAAGUACUUUAUAAUUUAGUAACUUGUGAAGUCGGGUAUGAUGUGUCAAGUUUUAUCUUUUCUUGUCUAUGAUACCUGUUGUAUCCUCUGUUAUCUAAAAUAUUACUUCAGGUAGAACUUCACAUAACAUACAUAUGCGUUUGAAUUGAUACAUAACUAAAAAUGCUUAAUUGAGGAUGUGGUUAUAAGCAGAGAAGAGGAAGUUAAGAAACCAAGCAGGGAUCUAUUGAAUCUUUGUUUGUAUUUUUGUUGCAAGACUUCAACUUUAAGAUGCUACAUCAUGGUGCAUCUAUGAAGAAUAAUAUCUGCUGUAAAGUAUGAUAGGAAAUGAUCACACAAACUAAGAAGUCUGUUUUGUCCUUCCCGAGAAUCAUGUCAGUGUUUCAUAAAAUAACUUACUGUAGGGAAAGAGUAAGGUCAAAUGUUAAACUUUUUUCCUGAGAGUGUCUCAGCCGACAAACUAGAAAAGAAAAAAAAACAGUUUGAUUGCACUCAGUAGAGAAAAAUACUGUAUAUAAAGUCUAAUUGGAACAGAAAGGCUGAGUGUGACUUAUUAUGUUGAACAGGUUUUGUUGUCUCUUGAACGGUUAAGAGUCCUUGAACUCUCGAAUGCUGUCUCUGUGGCUGAUGUGAGAUCUUUUAUUUACUCUACAGUAUUUUUAUUCAGGUCAUUUUCGUGUUGUUGCCAGCUGUCUCUUUCUUUUUUUACCGUGUUCACUCCUACACCUCCUCUUCUUAUUGAACCUCUCUGUCUUUUUGAACUUCAGGUUAAUCCUGCAGACAUAAAGACCGGCUAUUUGUCGAUCAUCAUGGAUCCAGGAGAGGUUCCUCUAGAUGAGCAGUGUGAAUAUUUGCCUUAUGACUCUUCUCAAUGGGAGAUCCCCCGAGACAAAUUAAGACUGGGUGAGCAUUUGGUAUUGGUAGGAAUAAAUAGUGAUGAUGGAUGAUGGAUAAAUGAGUCAAUGGGAGUGAAGAGGAGUUGGAGGAUGUAUCUACAGGAGAGGAUGAGAGCAAAUAGAUGGAUGAAACUGAAUUAGCUUUCCAUUUUGAGAAUGCUUAAUGGCAGAAGUUUGGAUCGCAGCCAGCUGGGCAGAGAGCUGCCUAGUAAAGUGCUAAUGUUUAAAAUGUGCUCGUUCUCAGCAUGGCUUUCUAAAACCGCCCUGAGGUAAAGCAUCUGUUCCACCACAGCAAGUGAAGGGAAACAUGUUGUUUUCCAAAGGCUGAAAAUUGAGAGUCUAAUGCCUCCCCCCCGACUAUGUGGGGGCCAGAUGCAUUUACAUUUUGCAACCACAAGUGUUUGUGUAGUCCAGUGGGACUAAAGCCAAGCCUGCAGGGAUCGAUGAGAGUAAAUAUCCUGUCUCUCCUCUGAUGUAGGGAAGGUUUUAGGCCAUGGUGCCUUUGGAAAAGUGAUGGAGGCUUCAAUCUACGGCAUCAGCAAGAGCAGCAGUUUGGACACAGUGGCUGUUAAGAUGUUAAAGGGUAAGACCCAAUAUCAUGUAUGCGUUUAAUCUGUCAGUAAAAGAAAAAGUGAUUAAAAAAACACACUAAGGAGCAACUGAUAGACAAGCUUGGAGAAGUUUAUUGGAAUUUCUUGGAAACAUGAUUUAUUCUUGAAGUUUACAGUAAACUCACAAGUUUGAUAUAUGUUUUUAUAAUUUUCACUUUACAUAUGAUUUUGUAGAUGGAGCUACAGCCAGCGAGCAUAAGGCCUUGAUGUCAGAAUUAAAGAUCCUGAUCCACAUUGGGAAUCACCUGAAUGUGGUGAACCUGAUAGGAGCCUGCACAAAACCCAAUGGUGAGAAAUUCCUUCAUUCAUUCAUUCAUUCUUCUGUUAUUAUUAUGGUAUGGUAUGGUAUGGUAUGGUAUGGUUUGGUAUGGUAUGGGUCAUCAGUGAUGGUGGGAGGCCCACAGCUGCUUGUGACGUGUGCUGCUGACCUCUUGGCCAGGUCACCCUUGGAAAAGAGAUCUCGAUCUCAAUGGGUUUCUUACCUGGUUGAAUACAAGUUCAAUAAAAAUGUUUAUGUAUCAUAGAAUUGUAGAUGGUAGGGGAGAGUGGGGUAAGAUGAGCCAUUUUUCAUAUUUCAGAUCACUACAUCAAGUCAAUCGUAGUUUUGUCUCUAACUAGUGUAUCUGCAUAUAUUUCAAGAUGUUGUGCAUCUAUGCAAAUCAACAGAAUGAGUCUAAACAGAACCGUCUUGAUCAUACAGCAUGCCAAAAAAAAGUGGUCUCCUAUGGUCAACUUACCCCUUGUAUGGGGUAAGUUGACCAUAGGAUCGGGGUAAGUUGAGUCGUAUCCAAGCUAAAAUGGUGGACUUUUAUGUUAGGUUUUGGACCUCAUGUUGUAGCUCAUAGAUACCACAGUUGAUGUAAAAAACAAAUUUAAAAUGAUCUUUUUUGGUCUGAACACAAUUCUAAUAAAACUUAUGACAGACUAAAUUCACUUUCAAGAGUGAAAAAUGUUUUUCUGGAAAUAAAUGUCUAACCCCUUCAACCAUGUGCUUCUAACCUUCACAGACUCCAUGAAUUGAUGCCCAUCUCCUAAAUAUUUGGUCACAUGAUCAAUUUCUUUUACCAUUACCAAGCAACAGGGGGUGGCUCAACUUACCCCACUCUUCUCUAUAUGUGAAUUGAACAUAUAUUUAAUAAUGAUUUAAUACUGCUAUCAAGGUGACAAUUUAGUUGAGGUGGAGAGUUUGCUGUCCACUUAAACUGUAGAUAGUUUUGUCUGCAUGCUUUCGUGUGCAGACAGAUGUUUGAAAUAAAACUGAGUGGUGCUAACUCGUUUGCUUUCCUAAAGGGGCAAUUAAAAGGCUAUGAAGCAGUGGUAUAAAAAAGAACAGAAGUAGCAUAGAAAAAGAGGUAUAGUAUGAAAAUACAAAUAACUAUGAAAAUGAAUAUACAACAGAGCUGUGAUGGAGAAGUAAAAUGAUUCUAGUCCAAAUCAGAUUACGUAGCUAAUAUCACUCACACUAAAAUGAACAUUUCCUGUAGGAGUGAAGUAAAAUCAGGAUCUCAUGAAUCAGCAUUGUACCUGAUGAGAUUCCUUAUCUUUGCUUGGUCAGACUCUGUGACAUUUUCUUUGACAUCAUUUUUUAAACACCAUCAUAAAUCUCAGACUGUGUUCUGUGAAGUGUUCUCUCCCUGCACCGUCUGCAGUUUCAUAUCUGUUUUGAUUGCAGCCUUCUGUUUUUGUGUCAAUAACCCUCUUGUCUUUGUUUUCAUUUUGUCUGGUUUUCCCGCCACGAACAAAUCGAUGUCAGAUAAACCCAACUUCUGUCUGCACAUUGAUAUGAUUACACUUAGCCUGCCAGUAUCUGUGUUUGAAGCUGCUCUCCUGCUUCGCUUUGGUCCUCAUAGCAACAGUCUGCAGGCUGUUAUUUUGGGAGGGUUCAUGUCUGGUUGUUUUGCUUGCUUCUUUCUUAGAUUUGAGACUGUGGUGUAUUUAUUUAUUAAAGGUGAAGUAUCAGAUGUUUUUUUAGCCCCUGCAGCUUUCAGAGAUUUCAUACAGCACAUCAGCAGAGGAAGUGAAGCAGCUGCCUCCCCUUUCCUUCGACACCCCUGAUUUAUUAUCCAUAGAUCAAUUUGACCCGUGGAGCACAUUUUUUAAGGACAAGCAUCUGACUGUGUUUACGCUCAACAAAAGCUGUAAUUUCACCCUGCUGCUAAACUCAGGAAGGAAAUGCUCAAAGAAUGUGGUCUCUCAUUAUUUUCAAUAUGUUGUUGCAUAAAUGAGCUCUCAAACAUGAGGCAAAACUUUCUUUUUUUGACUGACAGAGUAAAGAUUGAAGACCGUGUGACGUUUGGAGUUUUUUUUCCCACUUACAGUAAUGAUGGAAAAAAAACAGCUCAAUGAUCUGUCUGUGUCUGCAGGUCCGCUGAUGGUUAUAGUCGAGUACUGCAAGUAUGGGAACCUGUCCAACUUUCUGCGAGCCAAGAGAGAGUUCUUCCUCCCGUACAGGGUAUCUGACACUUAAGUGAAACAGUUUUCAUUAAAUUAAUGCAGCUGAAUCCUUGGAGAGAACCUCCUUAAAUUUUCGCUUCCUUAAAUCUCCUACAUCUACGGCGCUCUGGCACAUCUGCUUUUUAACUCCCUGCUGAUAUUGAUUUGGAAUUGUUCCCCUUCACAGGACCGCUCUCCUAAAACUCAGAGCCAAGUGAGACGGAUGAUUGAGGCGGGUCAAAUGGACCAAAGAGCUCGCCAUCAGCCUUCGCCUUCCUCCUCUCACAGCAUCAAUCCUCAGACUGCCUCUAAAACUCCCAGCCAGACUCCGGUGGUGGAGAAAAGUGAGUCUGUUUUAAUUAAAGAGAGAGUUGCUUUUUUCCCCGACUAGUUACAGCUCAUUAACUUCCUUUCUCUUCAUGACUGCCCUCCUCAUCUUCCUCCUCCUCUUCUCUCUGUAGUGGAGGACUUGUGGAAGACUCCUCUUACAAUAGAAGAUCUAAUUUGCUACAGCUUCCAGGUGGCUCGUGGGAUGGAGUUCCUGGCCUCUAGAAAGGUUAAUUGUCUGCAUUACAAAGAUAAUCAGUGACUGAGCAUAGCAGGAUAUCACCAUGGGUUGUUUCAGAGGCUGCAGUUGUCAUCACUUCAGAAUGCAAUGCUGUUAAUUAUUUAUUGCAUCAGCAUAAACCUGAGCCGUGCAACAAUGACGCACCGCAUACUAACACUGAGCAGGUAUUAACUUAUUUAUUUAUGAACACUUCUUCCACAGUGCAGUGUAAUUGUUUGUAGCAUACCAAAACAAUCCUCUUGAUUGUUUUAGAUGCAUAACAUGCUCUACUUUCUGUGAGUACUUAAUAUUAAUAUAAAAGUUGUUCUUGUUAAACAAUAACUAUAAACUCUAAUAAUUGAGAUUAAGCGCAGGGCUGGAUUUAUGAUACAUCCUGAAACAACUCGGUGUGACAUAGAAUAAAGUUUAAAAAAAAGUAAAUAUAGUAAAAAGAUAUAGUCAAAUAAUUAAUAAAGUUCUUCUUUUCUUACUACAAAGGUUCUGAAUUCAGCUUGCUUAAGUUUUUCGCUGGUUAUAAAAGAAAAAUAAAGUGACUGUGAUGCCUCUUUGUGAUUGUCAUUAACAUGAUGGAGAGUUUCUACACUAUAAUUUUAAAUGUGUCUCAUCUGUCCAAAUUAUUCACAACAACAUGGAAAGUAAAAAAAAGUAGUAAUGAUAAUGAGACUUUUGAAAAACAUUGGCUCAAACUUGUUUGGAAAAAAUAAAUGGAACUGAAAUUGAAAUAUCGUGUUGGACGAGAAUUUCUGUGUAAUAAAAAAUGUCAACAAUUCAAAAAAGAAUUACUUUUAAAUAAAUCAAAAUGACAUGUUCAAUUAAAAAAACAAUCAAACAGCAGGGAUAAACUGGCUGGUACGCUGAAGUAUAAUGAAAUGAAAAGGGGAAUGGACCAAAGCAGCUAGAACUGAAAAUAAAUACUGACAAACUAAAAAGUUCAAAUGACGUUUUUGACUGUCAGGCUCUGAAUUAGUCUUUCAAAACAGUGUUUACUGCCGGUGUGUUCAGCUGACAGCUUAGCAGGAGAUGUCAGAUCUCCUGCUGUCAAUCCACAGUGCACAGUUCAGCCAAGACAUAGUCCAGUCCCUUAUUUUUAAAUUGGCAAAGAGACACAGAAACCUACACACGUCUGCGCAUACACAAGUUAAAGCAGUACAUCAUUUAAAUGUAAAGUUGCCUUUAAUCUCCUCCAAAUGUGGUAAUCAUAGUAAACAAAUGAGAAGCAAUGCAUGCUAACAGUCUUAUAACACACAUGUACACACACCUGUCUGCAGUGCUGUGAUAUAUGAUGUGUGUUUGUGUGGUUGUGUGCGUCCACAGUGUAUCCACAGAGACCUGGCAGCCCGCAACAUUCUCCUGUCAGAGAACAACAUUGUGAAGAUCUGUGACUUCGGUCUGGCGAGAGACAUAUACAAAGACCCCGACUACGUCAGGAAAGGCAAUGUACGGCACUCAUGAAUGCUUUGUGCCUCCAGCUUUGCUACCCACCCCUCUGUUUUGUUUUGUUUUUUUUGACUGUGGGAGGACAUUAAACCCCUUUUUUAGUGUUUGUUCAACCACCCACACAGUGUUUCACCUUUACAGCAGGUGUCAUUUGUGUAUAUGAGACUAGCUUGUUCUGUUUGUCUGAUGUUUUAAUGUUCUCCUCCAGGCUCGUCUGCCUCUGAAGUGGAUGGCUCCAGAGAGCAUCUUUGACAAAGUUUACACCAGCCAGAGUGACGUCUGGUCUUUUGGAGUUCUUCUCUGGGAAAUCUUCUCACUUGGUAAAAACCAACACUGUCAUAACACACGCAUUUCAUCUUUUACGAGGUGUCCAGAGUGUAAGUAUCAAGGGAACAGAGUUUUAGUCAAAUUGCCUGCAGUAGCCGUGGAGCAUGUGUUUUGUAGACGCAACAAUUGAUCUGUGUUUCUUCACAGAGCUCUUUUACAGGAAGAGUAAAUCCUCAUCGCUGGGAUCCAGACAUAGCGGCCAUUCUGAACAUGUCACUGAAUAGUUCAUCCUUCUUUGUGCUUCUCCAGGUGCAUCUCCCUACCCGGGGGUUCAGAUUGAUGAAGAGUUUUGCAAACGGUUGAAAGAUGGUGUCAGGAUGAGAGCCCCAGAGACUGCUUCACCUGAAAUGUAAGAAAAAGUCCUGUAAAUCAGUUUAUCAUACUCAGGUAGCUCUUCAAACUGAUUUUUUGUUGACAUAUUAGCCCUGUUGUCCUGAGUUUCAUGAUUUAAAUCAACAAAGUUCAAGUGCAUUUAAGUAUCUUCAGUAUUUUCAGUAUUUAAGUACUCAAACUCCGUCCAAAAGGCUAAUGUCCCCAGUGUGUGCUUUGUUGUGAUGUUACUGCCCUCUGCUGACAGAUACGGCAUCAUGCUGGCCUGCUGGCAGGGUGAGCCUAAAGAGCGUCCAACAUUCCCAGCUCUGGUUCAGAUCCUUGGAGACUUGCUGCAGGACAACAGUCUACCUGUAAGUUUUGUGCCUCGAGUUGUUUUUUAGUUUGUUUAGAGAGAGUUUCAGGGCGUAACAUCAUCUUCAACAAAUUUCUUUCAGGAUGGUAAAGACUAUGUCCCUCUAAACUCCUCACAGAGUUCAGAGGAUGAUGGUUUCUCACAGGUCUCGUCACGGCCUCCAUCUGAAGAGGAGCUGAGAAUGGCCUUCAACUCUCUGCCCAACAGGUAUUCAAGCAUGCUGUUGUCUUUUAAGCACCUGUUAUAGAAAACAACCCUGAGAAAUCCCCACAGCCAAUCACAGACUGAAGAAGCCUGAUGUACUGUGUAUCAAGCUUUUACCGCACUGUUUUCCUGGAUGACGUGUCUUAAUUAGCCUGAACACACUCAGCAGCCAACUGCAUAUACACUACCCUGCUUCUGUAAAUACUCACCACCCUAAAGCUGACAACAGUCCCCAAAGUUUUUGAUAAACUCCGACAGUGGUUGUGUUUUCUCAGAACAACAGUGCCUUGUCCUUUAAAGAGGAAAAACAUGUUCACUACCUAGACCACCUCCUGGUAUUUGUAUUCACCAGAAGGGUUUCUCAAGUAUAAACCGGAUCAUCUGUCUGUUCUUCAGCAGGUAUUAUAACUGCGUGCCCUUUGCCGGCUGUGUGUUGGUGGGACCCUCUAAAGUGUGCCAGCCCAGAGUGAAGACAUUUGAAGAAUUGCCCGUGGAGAUGCACCAACAGAAAGCUCCUCAGGUAAGCUCUUUAUCUGCGCAUCAGAUGCUGACAAUGUGAGCCAGCGGGUGACAUUUGGCAAACAGCAUUCCACUUCAGCAAUUUUCUCCUCAGAUAAUUACCAGAAAUAGUUGCUGCUGUCAGGAAGGGGGCAUAGCAGAGCGGUCCGUUAAAGGUGUUUUAUUCACAUGAUGUCCAACCGUGUCACCCAGCAGGACAACCAGACAGACAGCGGGAUGGUGCUGGCCUCUGAAGAAUUUGAGAGGAUCGAACACGAGCACGGGGGAGCUGCCUCAAAAAGGUUAACCUUAUACUGUAAAAGCUGAGGUCCUCGUUUCUGUCUGAUAAUGAAGGCUGCACUCGGGAGAGGUGCAGCCAGGGCAGAGAUAUCUGUCUGUCGUCAUUGAAAAUGUUUUAAAGUCAACACGAGGAAACUGUCACUCCAUUUUAAUAACAUUAUUAUGUAUUUAUACAACUCAGCUCCUCAUUGGCUGUUGUUGAGUGAAGCAGCAGGAUAUUUACAAAGAAGUAAGCAUCGACAGAGUCAUCUGAACCCAUGGUAAACAUUUAGUUUAGCAAUUAAUGAGAAUUACACUAAAAGCUCUCAGCCCACAUGGAUAAAACAAUGUUGCUUCUCGGAGAAAAGUUAUCAAGUAACUUCAUCCAUCUCACAGCAAAGUGUAGGAGGGACUGGUUAGAGUAUAAAUGCUCUGAGCCUGCGGGGCCAGUCAAGAGGAAAUUUGAACAACCUCUUGAAACCUACUGCCUAAUCAACAUCCUUAGAAGGAAGUUGGCUUAGAGUUUUAAGUAGCAGUGGGCCUGGGGAGUCAACUCUACCAGCAGUUCAACUAGAGGAAUAAACAGGUCUGUGAAUGAAAAGAUGAUGAACAGAAAGAGUUCAACAGAGACAAGGAUAAAAUACAAACGGGAGGUCAAAGAUUUGCGGCGAGGCUGAAAGGUCAAGAAGCUUAUGUGUAUUUGAGAGUUGUGUUCAUGGUAGUUUCCAUGGUAACACAUUGUAGCCUUGUUACUUUUGCCAUGUGGAUGUAAUGUCUUUUGUCUUCAUUACGAGUGGAUUUUAUUCAUCUUAUCAGCAGAGACAGUGAGAAACAGAACUUGAUAAACUGAAACCUGUAAACGAGUGUUAUUCCCAUAUUAACGUUCUUCUACCUACCUCUUCAUAGAUACUCUUGCUAUAACUUCAUCUGCUGUCUUUUCAGUUUCACAGUAUUUGGUAUAAAAACUGACAUCUGUAUGGUUUCUCCACAGUCGUAUAGGCAGCAGCAGCAGCACAGAGCCUCUCACGGCCUCCCAUGGUUCCCUGGGUCGAAGCAGUGAUGUCAUCACCUCCAGACACCGCCCCCACUUCUUCAGCCAGCUGUCAGGUCAAACUUUCUAUAACAACGAGUACGGACACCUGUCCGAGGAGGGCUUCUGUGACUUCUUCUUCUCACCCGACGCCCCCUGCCUGGCCUCCUCCAACGUGUAAUCUCACCAAAAAUGCAGCACAAGAAAGAGGGAGGGUCGAAAAAGGCGUACUGCUGAGGUCAAGGGAGAUGUGUUGAUGUUCGGUAACACCAUCAUUGAUGUAUAACUAACCACUUAUACCAAAAGAUCAAGUUAUGACCUGAGCUGACCUCUUUUAUUCCAAAGUCCAGCUGUUCUCCUCCCCUUUGCUGCCCCAAAAAACAGACUUGAGCGAUACGUGCCUGAAGUUCCUCAAAGAAGCCACUGGGUGGCAGCAUUAUGUCAGUAUUUUCUACUCACACCUUAAUAUUUUUAUCUUUUAUAUACAGAGUAUUUUUCUUGUAUUUGUACAAACUAUGAUUCAUAUGUGAAAAAAUAAAGAAAUUUAUCUAGCUGUC